AUGGAGCUGGACGCUGCAGGAGCUCGGUCCUGGGUCUCUGGGCUGGGUCCCACUCCCAAGUGGGGGAUGUGAGGCCCCAGUCAUGUCGGUGAUGUGAGGAAUGAGAUCCGUUCACUCGGGUGAUGACAGUUUUCAUACUGGGAUGCCUCACAUACUCACUGACCCCCUUAUCCUCAUCUAUCACCACACACACACAGGCUCCCGCAGGAUUGCUUGAACGCACAUACAUUUGAAUGCCUGCAGUACACACAGACACUCACACUGCUUGUGUGUCACACUAUCCCAGCCCUCAUAUCACCACAAUAUUUCCAGCCUAUUAAUUUUCACUCAAUUAAAUAUUAUGGCAUUAAUAAGCUAGUAAGCUUUUGCUGUCAUAGAUACUGUAGUAGUGUGUAAUGAUAUUAGAUAAACAAGUCUGCAAUAAAGUUCACUGUGCUGAGCUGAGACUGAGCUGGAGUUGAAUGGAGCUAGCUUUCGUGUGGAGCCAUAAGUUCUGACUAGUCACUGUUUAGCAAACAGACCUGGGAGUCUGUCCUCUCUCAAUGUACAUAAAGUGCAGUCAUUUAGCAGUAGAGACUAGACUACUACAGUAUCUCUCUCUAUCCCCCAAGCUUUCCUCCUAUAGUAAUUACACAGCCCUGUUGAGUGAAUGUUUGCUCAGUAAGGUGUGUUGUAGCUGUUGGGAGUGCAUGGCUUUAUCUUUAGCUUUUAAACUGAGAAACACACUAAACACAGGAUGAACUUCAUCACUUCCUUUAACUGGCCUGUUGCCACACAGCCUAGAAACAGUUACAUAUACACCUUGCUUUCAUAAGUCAACAACAUUUGUGUGUGUGUGUGAGAGGGUUAGGACCCUAUGUACCUGCUGUGAUCUGAUGUGAGUAAAAACAGCAUGGAUAUGCUGAUUUAACGAGUGCUAUCCGUGUGUACUGUAGUCAGACAUAGUUUCCAUUGGGGUUGCAGGUUUAAUGGGGUGUUGUGGUUAUGUCUUCCGGGGGAACAGAGGUUGGUAUGAACAUAUCUCAUGGUACUGAAGCAGGCAAGGACGGCUGGGACUGGUAGUGUAAAUGCUCUAUUAUUAUAGUGAUGACAGUACCGCGUGGGCAUGCAUUACACUGGCAUAGGCUAGAUUCCCCUCUCUCUUCAUUGCUCUCUCUCUCUCUCUCUCUCUCUCUCUCUCUCUCUCUCUCUCUCUCUCUCUCUCUCUCUCUGUCUCUCUCUGUCUCUCUCUCUCUCUCUCUCUCUCUCUCUCUCUCUCUCUCUCUCUCUCUCUCUCUCUGUCUCGCUCUCUUCCCCUCCUUUAAUUUCUUCCUCUCCUCUCUCUCACUUAUCCCAAAAGCCUUUGCAGGAUUGUUGGUGCCCACUGGGCUAUCUCUAUAGCAACCAGAAGCUCCUCUUAGGGUCAUUUUGGGGUGGAGUGGGGCUCCUGCCCGGGGUCUAUUGUGGCUGUGGCUAGAGUCUGAAGGCCCAGUGAAAGAGAGCCUCGCGCUGAGUGCCUCACAGUGUAGUGUCCCCCUGCUGAUCUGUGUGACUGGAGGACAGCAGGGGGGCUGGCUCUGUCUCACUAGCACUGUGUCACAGUCACUAGAUGGGCCAGAGAUACUCAGCUGCUCUGGAGUCUGGACUCUUGGAGGACAAUAUUGAAUGGAAAAUGUUUUGAAAUAUAUUGAAAAGCAAUGGGCAUAUCAGCCUGCAUCACAAGAGCCCGGAAGCAGCACUGGGUUCUUCUCUCUCUCACACAGACAUACAAUAGGGCCCUCCCCUGCCAUAGAGCCAGCUGGACAUACGGUACAUGCAUAGGGAAUAGAGGUAGGAUAGUGUGAGCAGGGGUACAUUGCCAGCUGCGGAUAAACGGAACAGAGGCUGGGGGCAUUAGUCAAACGGCCCUAUUCAACAACUGGGAGAGAGAACCAGUGAGCUGUGACCACGCUCUCACACGGGCCAGCCAUGCACCACCAGUCACCCAGUCACGGGCCCCUGCCCCUUAAACACCAACCCCUCGCCCACCAUCCCAACUCACACCCCCAACGACCCUUACCCCGCUGGGUGUUAAGUCCUUUGCUAGUCUGUAUUGGUCUACCAGAUAUAACUACCAAACAGUCUGUGUAUGUAUUCCUCCAAGUCUAUCUCUCUAAGAGAUACAGUACCAUUACCAAAUACUCCCCUAUCACACCCAGUUUAGUUGAGUUGGUCCUCUGUAGCUCAGCUGGAACAGAGGCUGGUUAGCCUCUCUCUCACACAGACAUACAAUAGGGCCCUCCCCUACCAUAGAGCCAGCCCUAUUGUAUGUCUGUGUGAGAGAGAGGCUAGAGCACGGCGCUUGUAACGCCAAGGUAGUGGGUUCGAUCCCCGGGACCACCCAUACACAAAAAAUGUAUGCACGCAUGACUGUAAGUCGCUAUGGAUAAAAGCGUCUGCUAAAUGGCAUAUUAUUACUGAUCUCAUUUAAUAACGAAACCAGUUAACUGAACCCUAACAAAUAGCAAGGCUAAAGUUGACUAUUGUUUGAGACGCCUUCUUACAGGUAGAGCCCUUCCUUGGCUGCGCUGUUUAAGACACACCCACCCGUGCAUGUCCUAAUAAGACAGGUCUGGAGUAUCAGUUGCACUGUCAUUAGAUCUUCCUCUAGCUAGCUAGCACUCCCUUGCUCCUUUUUCCUUAUUUCUCCUGUCUUCUCUUUCUCUUGUCAUUCCCACUCACUCUCCCUCGCUUUCUUGGCUUGCUCAGUUUCUUUUGCCUUCCUCUCUGCUCUUUUCACCUACUCUCUUUCUCUCUCUUUCCCCCUUUCUCUCCCUCCCACCCUCCCUCCCUCUCCGUUGGACCAGAGUCAAGUUACAGGCAUUGUCGGUCCUAGUUACUGAUAAACAGGAGACUUAGUUACGCGCCCGCGGAUGAUUGGCUCUUUUCAACAAAGCCAAGAAAGGGUUGCCCGGGCGACGCAGAGACUUUUUGAAAAAGUAGUGCCGGGGCAUGCAGGCGUAUUAUGAGGAGGAGUGGAGGCAUUUUCACAGCUAUUACCAACACACAGCUAGAGAUGGCAUGACCCCCAAUACCCUCUGUCGUCUGUGUACCCCCUGUACUGUCGCUAAGCAAGCUGUAACCCCACAGACAUUCCCUGUGUAGAACUUAACAAUGUGCAAAGCAAAGGCAUAAUAAUAUAAGUAUUGGUGUCUAUCUUACUCAAGCCACUCCAUAAUGGCGGUCUGGAUUAGUGACUGGACAUCACUCAGGAGUUUAAUUUAAUAGGAAGAGCCAUCAGUAGCCAGACAUUGAUAAAAAACCAUAUAUUAAAUUGUCUGUAUACCAGUUACUGUAUCUGUUGCUCUAAUGUGGUAUGAGAUAUAAAAUAAUCCAACCUAUUACUCUGUAAUGUCAGGCUACUCUAGCCAGCUGAGGAAAGACAGAUAUAUCCACUUACGGUUUGCUGCUCUCCAAAAGUGAUUUAUUAAGCCCUUGAUAGUAACAACAUUACGACCAUAUAGACCACAUACAGUUGAAGUCGGAAGUUUACAUACACUUAGGUUGGAGUCAUUAAAACUUGUUUUUCAACCACUCCACACAUUCCUUGUAACCAACUAUAGUUUACUUCACUUAUAAUUCACUGUAUCACAAUUCCAGUGGGUCAGAAGUUUACAUACACUAAGUUGACGGUGCCUUUAAACAGCUUGGAAAAUUCCAGAAAAUUAUGUCAUGGCUUUAGAAGCUUCUGAUAGGCUAAUUGACAUCAUUUGAGUCAAUUGGAGGUGUACCUGUGGAUAUUCUUCAAGGCCUACUUUCAAACUCAGAAAACUUCCAAAACCGCCAGAAAAAAGCCUGGGGACAAAUAUUGUACUUUUUGGAGAAAUGUCCUCUGGUCUGAUGAAACAAAAAUAGAACUGUUUGGCCAUAAUGACCAUCGUUAUGUUUGGAGGAAAAAGGGGGAUGCUUGCAAGCCGAACAACACCAUCCCAACCGUGAAGGACGGGGGUGGCAGCAUUAUGCUGUGGGGGUGCUUUGCUGCAGGAGGGACUGGUGUACUUCACAAAAUAGAUGGCAUCAUGAGGAAGGAACAUUAUGUGGAUAUAUUGAAGCAACAUAUCAAGACAUCAGUCAGGAAGUUAAAGCUUGGUCGCAAAUGGGUCUUCCAAAUGGACAAUGACCCCAAGCAUACUUCCAAAGUUGUGGCAAAAUGGCUUAAGGACAACAAAGUCAAUGUAUUGGUGUGGCCAUCACAAAGCCCUGACCUCAAUCCUAUAGAAAAUGUGUGGGCAGAACUGAAAAAGUGUGUUCGAGCAAGGAGGCCUACAAACCUGACUCAGUUACACCAGCUCUGUCAGGUGGAAUGGGCCAAAAUUCACCCAACUUAUUGUGGGAAGCUUGUGGAAAGCUACCCGAAACGUUUGACCCAAGUUAAACAAUUUAAAGGCAAUGCUACCAAAUACUAAUUGAGUGUAUGUAAACUUCUGACCCACUGGGAAUGUGAUGAAAGAAAUAAAAGCUGAAAUAAAUAAUUAUUUCUACUAUUAUUCUAACAUUUCACAUUCUUAAAAUAGAGUGGUGAUCCUAACUGACCUAAGACAGCAAAUUUUUACUAGGAUUAAAUGUCAGGAAUUGUGAAAAUCUGAGUUUAAAUGUAUUUGGCUAAGGUGUAUGUAAACUUCCGACUUCAACUGUAGCUAUCUGAAAGCGUUUGCCGUAGGAUGUAUAGAGACUAGAGACAUACCUCUCAUUCCUCUUUUUAUGUCUCCUGUCACAUUUCUGAGGAAACCAAAUAAAACGUGAACAAAUGACUGCUGUUCAAAGGGGAUGGUAUAAUUGUAGUUUUCAUACCUAAUUAGUUAUUGUGAAACAUCCCCACUAUUUCACCCCUACUCUAUGCUAGACGUCUUUAGCUGCCUACCGCCGCGAGGAUAGCCCACAGACACACUGUCAUCUCUAAGAAAGGGUUUCAAUUAUAAAUCAUUGAUCAUUUUCCGGAUGUUUAAAACUGUCAUGGGGGAUUUGAAACCUAAUAAUUAUCAGACUACAAUAGAUUUACGGACAAAACUUCACAUGUGGAUUUUUAUUUCUUACAAUCAUUUUCCUGCUCACCAUAGAUGCCUAUCCAAUAAAAAACCAAUGCCAUAACUAAUAUAUUUUACUUCUCUGCACGAAUGUAACAUGUUCUUGUACAAACUAGAACAAAUAUUUAAAGACAAAUGAAAGCAAAUACAGAAGCAUGUACCCUUUACAUCCACUUCAAAACUACAAGUCUGUGAUCAGCCUGUGAGUUGACUUGUGAGUGAAUAGGCAAUAGGCUCAUGCCCACCUGGUGCUCCUCUUGGCUGAGUUAUUGAUGUUUUAAUUGAGUUUUGGCUGGGUGCCUGCCCUGCCCGCUCUCUCUCUCUGCUGCCCAGGACCAGGGCUGUAAACCUUAAAUACCUCAGUAGCAGGAAGGCAGCCACCAUCUCCUCCUCCUCCACCGUGCCUUGUUCUGUUCUGGUUCCCCUCGGUUUUACUACCCCUCUGGUCCAAGGAACAAAGCUGUACCGGCCCAGCCCACCACACUGGGGUUUAAGAGGAGAGAGAGAGAUUAGGCAGGGAGAGAGGCAGAUCAGGGGAAAUCUACAGAGGCAGGCAGACUAGGCCAGGUGCUCUCUAUUACCCACUCCUUCCACUCUGGUCUCUGAGCUGGAUGAAAAGGCUUCAACCCAAUCUCUCUAGCUCCACACCACAACACUUCUGAGGCACAAAUCCACAAAGGUCAAAUAGUGGAUGCUUAUAUUUAUCCUGUUUCACUGCAUGUAUAAGUGGGUAACAUGUACAAGUGUGAAAUGGAAAUGUGUAAAGGCUCAGUAAAGGCCCAGGCCCCAUACUAACACAUCUGUAGUCCCAUUAAUGAGGCGGAUGGAGGAAUGUGUGUAAGCCAAACUACAUACGUGUGUGGGGAGAGAUGGGGUGAUAGAGAAAUACAGGGCUCCUCAUGGUUGAAGAGGUAGGCUCUAGACUGAAACACCAGUCAACUAAUACUAAAGGCUUCUGAAGUGUUUUCACAUAAGAAUAGAGUGGUUAACUGAAUAUUACGAGGGCUGCUGUUUUAUUGCAGUGGAAUGGGAUGUAAUUGUGGUCUUUUUCAGAGUGAAAUGAAGCUUUCUGCUUGACUGAAGGUGAAUAAUCCCUGGCUCACCAGGAGACUCUUUUGAAGUGAGAGAGAGCGAGGGAAUGUGAUUGUGGAAGUAAAGGAAUAGAGAGGAAUCCACCAUCCCCCUCUUCCUCCCUUCCUCCUCUCCUCCCGUCCUCCCCCCGUCCUCUCCUUUGGGGAGCUGUUAAGCAGCAGUGCAUUGUGGGUGGUAGUGAGGGAUGACAGGGAGAGCAGGAAUGGAGGGAUGAGAUACCUUUACCUCCUACGUACAGACAGUGAAGAGGCCUUCAGCCUUCUCCGGUCCUCCUCAGCCUCCUCUCCUCCUUUUCUCUGGGAGGGAUAAGAGGCUGUCUAGGGAUAAGAGGAAUUCCACUGACGUGUUUUUUUUGUUGCUUUUCAUGUAUUGUAUAUAAUAACAUGUAUUUAAUGUGUAUAUGGAUGUGUAGUUUAAUAUGUAUAUUGUAUUUUGACAUGUAUUGUGCUAAACAUGGCUCAUGUGGUAAAUAGACCUUGGUCUCAGCAUUGACUCCCUGUCAAAAAAAGAAAAGAAAAUAUAUUUACAUCCCUCCCUCCCUACACAGUGGGGGGUUAAGGGGAAAUAGUAAAUUACUGUAUGACUUCAGUAACGCGCCUGGAGUGACGACCCUCACUUUACUUCGCAUCCUCACAUCACACAACUAUGAUAUCUCUCCUCAGAGAUAGAGGUACUUCAUUCUGCUGGCUAUGAGUUAUGGUUCUGGCCCCGCCACACUCCACUCAGCGAGAGAGAUAUGAAAUACCUUCAGUGCUCAUUAAAAGACGCACGCACACAGACACACGAGCACAUACACACACGCGCGCACAGUCACACACACUGUUAUUAAAGUUCUAGGAGCCGUGUUGCAGCAUGUUGACUGUGUCUACCUGUGUGGUGUUAUUGUCGACGACCGCUUUAUCGUAGAUGGAAAUUAAUUGUUGACAAAAUGGAGGGAGGAGGGCGUUGUGACAAGAGAGAGAGAAGACACACAGAGUUAGAACCGCCUGUGGCAAUGGAACCAAUUAACUCACCCUGCCACACCCCCUCGUGGGGCGGCAGGUAGCUUUGUGGUUAAGAGCGUUGUGCCAGUAACCGAAAGGUCGCUGGUUCUAAUCCCCGAGCCGACUAGGUGAAAAAUCUGUCGAUGUGCCCUUGAGCAAGGCACUUAACCCUAAUUGCUCCUGUAAGUCGCUCUGGAUAAGAGCGUCUGCUAAAUGAUUAAGAAAGAUACUUAUGAGAAGGGGGGAAAUAGCUCUUAUAUUACAUAUUUUGAAGUGCUUCCAAAUAGUUUGUUAUUGUGCUGCUGAAACAUGUCAUAAGUGUCAUAGGACGGUAGUUAAUUAUUUGUGCUACCACCAGAUGUGUUGACCUCGAUGGAUCUCUAUGUUGUAAUCUCCGUGUUGGAUUUAGUAACCGUGCAGAUUCUAAAUGAGCACCGUGCAGAGCAGACCCCAGUUUACCUGUCUGGCAACGAAGGGGGCUAACACUGCUACACUCUACCAUAACACUAUAAGUGUCGAGGAACAAAGGAAUGCCUUCAGACUCUUUCCAGAGAGUAUGGUUACAUGCACACAAUAAUGCCAUUAUUGUGAAUAGUCAGAUUAAUAUAAUAGUUUGAUUUACACAUUUACAUUCUUUGCAAGAACGAUUUCCCUAAUAAUCCUGUUUACAUGGACACAUCUGAAACCAGCCUACCUGAUGGGACUUUGAUAAAUACAGAAAAUCGGCAAUCAAAAUAAACUUUCUACCACAGCGACCACGUUAUUUUUGUGAAGCCUAUUUGAUUCUGAAUUCUGACAUAUAGAUUUUGUUUGUAAAAACUGUUUCUAAAAUGAAUACUUUUAGUUUUUCUAAAAUCACGUCACUCACGUAAAAGAAGGACGCUCGUGCUAGCACAUGCAAAUAAACCGCUGCAACUCUGAUGAAGGUGUUUACGUGUCCUAAUAAUUUGAAAGAUUGCUCAGAUAUGCUUACUUCGAUUAUGACCUAAUGCCGAUUAAGAUAAGCAGAGUAAGGUGUUUACAUGACUAAUGCCAAAAUCAGUUUAAUAUUGAAUUAUUAGUGUGCAUGUAAACGUACUCAGAGAGCGCUAAUGGUCAGAGACAUGGAUCAUGCACACACACACACACACAAUCCCCUCCUCCACACACACACACGCUUGCCAAGACAGACCUGCACAUAUAAAAGAGCAUUCCUUAAUCUCUCUUACAGAUGAAUGCAUUCCUGUGGAAUAUCUCUGAGUGCCUGUGGAGGUUAUUAAUAAGAGAGGAUGUCUGAGAAAGUAAUCUAGUGUGUUACACUGAGUUAUACUGAGAUGUCAGUCUAUGGGUGCUGCAGCCAUACCAGUCUAAGGGAGGGGGAGGGAGGGCGGGAGAGAGAGUGAGGGACAGAGUGUGGGAGAUGGAGAGAGAGGGUGGCUGCUGCUGCAGAAAGCAGAUGUGCUUCAGGUGGGAGGUCUAUAGCUCUCUGAAGAAAGAGGGAGAGGGGGAAUACUGUCUUUGACCAUACAUUAGCAUGUGUGGGACACUGUAUGUGUGUGCCUGCAUGCAAGCGCUUGUGUGUGCAUGUGUGUGUGUCUGUCUGCUUUUGUGUGUGUGCCUGAGGCAGCUGUGUGACAUUAGUCCAAUACUGUUCUUACCUUGAUCAUGAAUGUCAUAAGAUUAGAAAGUUCAUAGCAUUCAUCCAUUCUAACUUUGUAUUAGGGCUGGAAAUUGCCAGGGACCUCACGAUAUGAUUUUAUCACAGUACUUACGUGCCGAAAUGUAUUGCGAUACUCACGGUUCUAUAUGCAUUCCAAUUCAAUACUGUGAUUUUAUUGCGAUUCGAUGUUCCAAACAUAUUUCUCACCAAAUGUCUGCUGCAGUGGGACAAGAGAGAGUCUUGAGAAAACGAGUUUUGAUCAGUCAUGGAAUUAAAAGUGCUGAAAAUAUAUUGGCUCCCUAUUUAAAAAGAAGAUGGAGAACAAGCUGUGAAGGACAAGUACUGACGUUUUUGUGCAGGUACAGCCAACUAGCGCAAAAAUAAUAUUGCAAUAUUGUCAAAAUGAUAUGAUAUAUCGUCAAAAAUAAUAUCCCAAUAUAUAACUGUAUCGAUUCCCCCCCCCCAUCACUACUUUGUAUGUUCCUUAAAUUCCUUAAUCUGAUUGAGUGAUCAGAGAACAUUCUUUGAUUUACAACCCAGGUGAUUUCAAGGUUAGGUUAAGUUUAGGGGAAUUUAAAAGCUGUAAGUUUUAGGUCAAAUGUAAAACCUAUAAGUAAUCGACAGUAGUGAUUCUUUCUCAUGUGCUUUCUUUUCAUGUGCUUCUGUGUCUCUUCACUAGUGUGAAAAUGUAAGCUAAAAUGUUAAGGAAAUAAGAUACUUUACCCUGGCCUAGCGGUAUGAGUAGUUUUGAUAGGCCUGAUUGACUGUGCUUCAUUGUUGACAUGUUUUGUGUAUUGUUUUGAUUUGGUAGGGUGGUUUCGUCAUUGUGUUGUGUUGCUGAGUGAGUUUAUCACCCAGACAGACAGAGCUAUCUCCUCAUCUCAUACCCUCUUCCCUCUCACAGUGCAGUAGCAUGCCACUUUAUUUUACUUUUUAAACACUGUUAUUGAAGAUCUCCCUCUCUCUUUUCUCUCUCUCUCCAUCUCUCUCUCUCUCUUUCCCAUAUUCCCUCCCCACUCCUCCUCUCUAUCGCUCUCUCUCUAGCUCUAGUGUGAUGCAGGGUUUGUGAAUUCUGUACUCAUAUCCAGCUAAAAGGAGAAAGCAAAGCAAUCUGAGCAGGGAAAUAUGCUGAUAAUUAAUCAAUUUUGUCACUGAUUGACUACAGCAGAUAAGGCAGAUAAAGUAAUGGGUAAAGGGGUUUUAUCUUGUCAGGAACAUGUAAUCAUAUAAUCACAGAACCUAGGUCAAACCCUGGUGCAUCCUCUGUCUCUCGCUCCAUCUCUCUUUCUCUACAUAUUGUAUCUCUCUCUUCAUACUCUCCCCCCCCCCCCUCUCUCUCUCUCUCUCUCUCUCUCUCUCUCUCUCUCUCUCUCUCUCUCUCUCUCUCACCUCCCUCUCUCCCCCUCUCUCACUCUCUCCUCUCUCUCUCUCACCUCCCUCUCUCCCCCCUCUCUCUUUCUCUCUCUUGCUCUCUGUCUGGCCAUGCUCCAAGGCCCCGGCUACAGAGGAGUAUUUAGGUCAGCCCAUGGUGGCUGUGUAGUUGCUGUGGCCACUAUUCUUAAAGAGUAAGCGUGCGUCUCCGUUUUUUUAUUUAACCUUUAUUUAACCAGGUAGGCCAGUUGAGAACAAGUUCUCAUUUACAACUGCGACCUGGCCAAGAUAAAGCAAAGCAGUGCGAUAAAAACAACAACAACACAGAGUUACACAUGAGAUAAACAAAACAUACAGUCAAUAACACAAUAGAAAAUCUAUAUACAGUGUUUGCAAAUGUAAUAAGUUAUGGAGGUAAGGCAAUAAAUAGGCCAUAGUGCAAAAUAAUUACAAUUUAGUAUUAACACUGGAGUGAUAGAUGUGCAGAAGAUGAUGUGCAAAUAGAGAUACUGGGGUCAAAUUAGCAAAAAUAAAUAACAAUAUGGGGAUGAGGUAGUUGGGUGGGCUAAUUACAGAUGGGCUGUGUACAGGUGCAGUGAUCGGAAAGCUGCUCUGACAACCGUAAGGGACAGGCACUCAGGAAAUAAUGUGCAUGAAAACGAGUCGUCUCUCAUUGAAUGACAAAGACUUUAUUGAAGAAUCCCUACUGUUGACCAAUCACUGAUGAAGGGGCGUAGACUUCGGCUACCAACUUCGGCUUGCCUGUUGUGCCCGAACAGCUGAAAAAACCUUACUGAAGUCCAAAACGAACAAAAACGUCGCAAUAUAUUCCGAACUGUUUAGUCUGGGAAGCAUGUGGACGCCUUAAACCCUCCCUUAAUCUGUUCCGGACAUACCCCUUCUCGUUCCUCCCCCAUCUCUUCGCUCCUUUCCCUCUUUCUAAUCAACCUCUCCUCCCCUGUUUCUAAUACCCCUCCUUUUUUCCUCCCCCCUUUCCUCCACCUUAGAACAGUCUGGAGGGGAGUAGGAAGAAGUUGCCCCUAGAAACUGAUCGAAGGUCAGUUUUGCACUUUCCCUAACAAAUCGCUACGGUUAAUAUUGGGGGAGGGUACAACUGGUCCUAGGUCAGUGCAUGAGAGCCACGUCUACCUUUCCAUCUGGUGAUGAGUAGGAGACACCUGGAUAUGAUGACCUCUGACCUUAUAAUGAGGGGAAAUGGAGAGCCGGAACUCGAUUAGAGGAGAGAGAACAGAGAGGUAGGAAGAGAUGCUGAGUUGCAGAGUUAACCGCUAAGUAGAUCUAAGCGGUGAAAAUCAAUUAAGACGGUAUGUGUCUUCCAACGAGACGACGAGAGCACUUUGAUUGCUGCUGAUUUGGGAAGUUAAUGAACCCUGAUAAAGCAACAGGACCCUGUAGCCACCAGUGACCUCGUCCCCAGGAUAAUUGCUAGCAAAUAUAACCGAGAGAGAGAGAGAGAGCCGGCUGGUGGAUGAGACCAUCCAGUGAUCCAUCGUGUGACUGUAUUCCUGUAGUGUAGAAAUGCCCAUCAGGCUCUAUUCUCGGUCUCUGUCCUCACAGCAGAUGAACAUCGCAUGACACCCGGCGAAUUAUUGCCAGCUAAUUUAAUAGACAAUGAACAUGAAACUCUCUCCACUCUCUCCCCCUCUCUCGCUUUCUCUCCCUUGGCUUCUUAAUCUAAUAUACCUUGUAAUGCAAUUCCAGCUUUCAGCCACCACCAUCUGAAACCUUAGGCCUAUAGUGACAACAUGGGCAACCAACAGCAAAGCACUCUGUUCUAUCUGUGUUUAGAAUCUCAGGUCCAGUGUAACAACUCGUUGAGCAGCCCUCUAGCUGUGAGAGAGAGGACAAUGGCCUAGACCAGCCUAUUGUGGAUAAGAUGGAGUAACAACAGCUAAAUAGCAAAUCAAGCUGUUAGUCCUUCAUUUGGACUCAUUUUAGUAGUCGUCUUGCUGUAACAGUGGCUCUUUUCUUCUCCCUGGGUCUGGCCUUAAAUGGGGAUAACCACAGGUUAAAAUGGAAGCAGCACACAGCCUUAGACGGGAAUGGCUUGGUAACAGGAGAAGGGUCUAUAACGUUAUUCCUACAGUGCCUUCAGAAAGUAUUCACACCCCUUGACCUUUUCCAGAUUUUGUUGGGUUACAGCCUGAGUUUAGCAUGGAUUAAAUUGAGGUUUUGUGUCACUGGUCUACGCACAAUACCCCAUAAUGUCACAGGGGAAUAUUGUUUUUAUAAUAUUUUACAAAUUAAUAAUAAAUGAAAAGCUGAAAUGUAUUGAGUCAAUAAGUAUUCAACCCCUUUGUUAUGGCAAGCCUAAAUAAGUUCAGGAGUAAAAAUAAAAAAAGUUGCAUGGAUUCACUCUGUGUGCAGUAAUAGUGGUUAACAUGAUUUUUGAUUGACUACGCCAUCUCUGUACCCCACACAUACAGUUAUCUGUAAGGUCCCUCAGUUGAGUAGUGAAUUUCAAGCACAGAUUCUACCACAAAAACCAGGGAGGUUUUCCAAUGCCUCGCAAAGAAGGGCACCUAUUGAUAGAUGGGGGGGGGGGGAUAAGUGAUCAAUUACACUUUGGAUGGUGUAUCAAUACACCCAAUCACUACAAAGAUACAGGCGUCCUUCCUAACUCAGUUGCUGGAAAGGAAGAAAACCACUCAGUUACGGAGUUAAAUGGCUGUGAUAGGACAAAAAUGAGGAUGGAUCAACAACAUUGUAGUUACUCCACAAUACUAAACCUGCAUGACAGAGUGAAAUAAGGAAGCCUGUACAGAAGAAAAUUAUUCCAAAAUAUGUAUCCCAUUUGCAAUAAGGCACUGAAGUAAGAAAUAAGGCAAAAAAAUUAUUUUCUUGUCCUGAAUACAAAGCGUUAUGUUUGUGCCAAAUCCAACACAAACACAUCACUGAGUACCACUCUUCAUAUUUUCAAGCAUGGUGGUGGCUGCAUCAUGUUAUGGGUAUGCUUGUCAUCGGCAAAGACUAGGGAGGUUUUUAGGAUAAAAAUAAACAUAAUAAAGCUACAGUUGAAGUCGGGAGUUUACAUACACUUAGGUUGGAGUCAUUAAAACUCGUUUUUCAACCACUCCACAAAUUUCUUGUUAACAAACUAUAGUUUUGGCAAGUCUGUUAGGACAUCUACUUUGUGCAUGACAGAAGUAAUUAUUUACAGACCGACAAUUGUUUACAGACCGAUUAUUUCACUUAUUCCAGUGGGUCAGAAGUUUACAUUACACUAAGUGGACUGUGCCUUUAAACAGCUUGGAAAAUUCCAGAAAAUUAUGUCAUGGCUUUAGAAGCUUCUGAUAGGCUAAUUUACAUCAUUUGAGUACCUGUGGAUGUAUUUCAAGGCAUACCUUCAAACUCAGUGCCUCUUUGCUUGACAUCAUGGGAAAAUCAAAAGAAAUCAGCCAAGACCUCAGAAAAAAAAUUGUAGACCUCCACAAGUCUGGUUCAUCAUUGGGAGCAAUUUCCAAAUGGCUGAAGGUACCACGUUCAUCUGUACAAACAAUAGUACACAAGUAUAAACACCAUGGGACCACGCAGCCGUUAUACCGCUCAGGAAGGAGACGCGUUCUGUCUCCUAGAGAUUAACGUACUUUGGUGCGAAAAGUGCAAAUCAAUCCCAGAACAACAGCAAAGGAUCUUGUGAAGAUGCUGGAGGAAACAGGUACAAAAGUGUCUAUAUCCACAGUAAAAACGAGUCCUAUAUCGACAACCUGAAAGGCCGCUCAGCAAGGAAGAUGCCACUGCUUCAAAACCGCCAUUAAAAAGCCAGACUACAGUUUGCAACUGCACAUGGGGACAAAGAUCAUACUUUUUGGAGAAAUGUCCUCUGGUCUGAUGAAACAAAAAUAGAACUGUUUGGCCAUAAUGACCGUCGUUAUGUUUGGAGGAAAAAGGGGGUCGCUUGGAAGCCGAAGAACACCAUCCCAACCGUGAAGCACGGGGGUGGCAGCAUCAUGCUGUGGGGGUGCUUUGCUGCAGGAGGGACUGGUGCACUACACAAAAUAGAUGGCAUCAUGAGGAAGGAAAAUUAUGUGGAUAUAUUGAAGCAACAUCUCAAGACAUCAUUCAGGAAGUUAAAGCUUGGUCGCAAAUGGGUCUUCCAAAUGGACAAUGACCCCAAGCAUACUUCCAAAGUUGUGCCAAUAUGGCUUAAGGACUACAAAGUCAAGGUAUUGGAGUGGCCAUCACAAAGCCCUGACCUCAAUCCUAUAGAAAAUGUGUGGGCUGAACUGAAAAGGCGUGUGUGAGCAAGGAGGCCUACAAACCUGACUCAGUUACACCAGCUCUGUCAGGAGGAAUGGGCCAAAAUGUACUUAUUGUGGGAAGUUUGUGAAACGUUUGACCCAAGUUAAACAAUUUAAAGGCAAUGCUACCAAAUACUAAUUGAGUGUAUGUAAACUUCUGACCCACUGGGAAUUAUUCUGACAUUUCACAUUCUUAAAAUAAAGUGGUGAUCCUAACUGACCUAAAACAGGGAAUUUUUACUCUGAUUAAAUGUCAGGAAUUGUGGAAAACUGAGUUUAAAUGUAUUUGGCUAAGGUGUAUGUAAACUUCCGACUUCAACUGUAAGUACAGGCAAUUAUCCUAGAGGAAACCUGGUUUAGUCUGCUUUCCAACAGACACUGGGAGAUAAAUUCACCUUUCAGCAAGACAUUAACCUUAAACACGAGGCCAAAUAUACACUAGAGUUGCUUACCAAGAUGACGUAGAAUGUUUCUGAGUGGCCUAGUUACAGUUUUGACAUAAAUCAGCUUGAAAAUCUAUGGCAAGACUUUAAAAUGGUUGUCUAGCAAUGAUCAACAACCAACUUUAAGAAUUUAAAAAAGAAUAAUGUGCAAAUAUUGUACAAUCCAGGUAUUCAAAGCUCUUAGAGACUUACCCCAAAAGACUCACAGCUGUAAUUGCUGCCAAAGGUGAUUCUAACAUGUAUAGACUCAGGGGGUUGAAUACUUAUCUAAUCAAAAUAUGUGUUUUAUUUUCCAUACAUUUUUUUCUAAAUAUUUGAAUUUUUCUACGAGUUUGACAUUACAGAUUAUUGUGUGUAGAUCGUUGACAAAAAAAAGACAGUUAAAUCCUUUUGAAUCCCUCUUUGUAACACAACAAAAUGUGGAAAAAGUCAAGGGGUGUGAAUACUUUCUGAAGGCAAUGUAGUUAUAUGUACUUAUCUACUUCAAUUACCUCGUACCCUUGCACAUCACCUCAGUACUGGUUCCCCGUGUAUAUAGGUAAGUUAUCGAUACUUAUUGUGUAUUUAUUAUUACUUGUAUUAUUACGUGUUUUACUUUUCUAUUAUUUCUCUAUUUUUUUUCUCUCUGCAUUGUUGGGAAGGGCCCGUAAGUAAGCAUUACACUGUUAGUCUACACCUGUCGUUUACAAAGCAUGUGACAAAUACAAUUUGAUUGGAUUGGAUUUGGAAUAGGGUGUCAUGAUUGCAUUUCAUGAUCACUCUGGAACAAUUUCAUUUCUCCCUGUAGUAAGGAUAAGUAGAUGUCUGUUCCUGUGUUGUAAUCCCACCUGUUCCAGUGCUGUCGAAGGGAUGUUAUUCCCUGUUAGCUCCCCUUCUCUCAUCCUGGGGUGAAAGGAGUCUUUUGUGUCCCUACCUGCUUGCCGCUCUGCUCUCCUCUCCUCACAACUAUGGCUGAGUGACUGACUGGCUAAGUGAGAGCGCAGUAAUCCCUGUUAGCUCACACUUGAGUCUGUGGUUGUACCGUAGGGAGAGGAGGAGGAGGAGGAGGAAGAGGAGGGGGAAGAGGAUGAAGAAGAGGGGUCUCGGGAACCCACUAGCGAGAUGCAGAUGUUGAGUGGGAUUUUGCUGGGACAGCUGUGUGUGUUUUUGUGUAUGUGUGUCUGAGUUAUGACAUGAAGUGAAUUUCUCUAGUCUAGUGGGAUAGGAGGAAACCUCUUUGACAUCAUCACCAGCGCUUCCAAAACAGCCAGGGCCACAGAGUUACAGAUAGACAUAGAAUAUGGCAGGGUACACUUUUGGACACUACCUCUGGCAGCCUCAGAAGAGGAGUAGUGGCCAGAAGCUCUCCUCCUCUCCUCUCCUCUCCUCUCCUCUAUUACUGUCAGUGUGUCUGGAAGCACUCAGUGAAAGCCCCUCUCAUCUCCCCAGACAUCUUUAUUCUCAGGUAUGUUCAUGGUUGUGUUUCAAGUGGCACCCUAUUCCCUAUAUAGUGCACUACCUUUGACCAGAUCCCUAUGGGCCCUGGUCAAAAGUAUUGGACUAUAAAGGGACCAGGGCACCAUUUGAGACGCAAUCCGUGUGUCUGUCUUCAGGCCAGAGCAGAUCAAAGCUGCGGCCAGACGUACAUAAACACUAAUCCUGUUAGAUAAAGGGUUCUGGGUGUAGAGUCCACCGGGCCUGCUGGACAGACAGGGAUGAGACACAGAUACAGACGGACAGAGACCGAUAAAGAUAGUGAGCGAUAGUGAUGGGUGAAGAGAGGGAGGGAGAGGUAGUGAGAGAGAGAAGGAGAGGGAAGGAAGGAGGAUGGGAUGAGCUAAGAAAUGUAGCAGACUAUCUCUUCCUUCAGUUGAAUGGACUGCCAGUGGAGGAAUUACAGUUGACACUGACAACUCUCUGCUGACUUUGCACAAUUCAUUCCUGGUGAAGGGGAAUAUGAGUGAGAGCAGCGGUGUGGAUGGGAAACAUAUAGUGAGUGUCCCAGAUGGCACCCUAUUCACUAUGUAGUGCAAUAUAUAGGGAACGGGGCCAUUUGGGAUGCAACCAUAGUUUAACAACUUUAAAGAGUGAACUGAUAGAUGAGCUCCAUCUUUUUCUAGUGGUCUAUAAACCUGCCAGUAUUUCUCGGUGAACCCAGUCACUCUGCACAUUCCUGUAGAGUAAACCAUUGAUCCUGGAACAUGGUUUCAUUUAAAGGGCCACUGGUCAGACUCACGGCCAACGUUCCUACUACCUGUGCCUGACACAUUGCCUGUAUUUAAACACUAUCAUGCUAUCAUGAUAAAGUCACAUCCCAGUUGUCUGUCAACAGAGAUGUUCAAGUUAUAUUAGUGAUAGUUGAUAAUGGUAUUAAAAUGAUUUGCCGUGGUGUCAGUAUCUCCUGUCCUCCCCUGAUUGAUACCUAUGGCAGUUGGGUGGGUUUGUGUGUGGAGACGUGAUUGAUGUGUGUGCCAGUUGUGUGUAGGGAGAGACAGAUGCACAGCUGUCUGUCUGUCUCAGGGAGGCCCCAGUCAUCCCCAAUCAUCUGCAGUGAUUAUCUCUGUCAGCUACAGUUUCUUUGUUUCCUGCUCUCCUUUCCUCUCCUCCCCACACUCGCAUAAUAUACAUCCACUUGGCAACUACUAAGAACCUUUCCUUCACGUCCUCAUUCAAUCUAUUCAUUUCCCGAACCAAUCAUCUCAUGUCAUGCAUAUUGAAUUCCUGAGUAAUAGAUAGAUUGAUUCUAGUAUGAUUGUCUUUCCCAUUCUGUCAGUCUGUAGGAUAUAAUGGUCAUUAUGGUAGAGAUGAUGAGAGAGGGUGAUUUCCCCUGUUCUUCUUACUAUCACACAGACAGCAGGAUAUCUGGCAGCAUGUCUGUAGGCUGCUGAUAUGUGAUCCUACAUCCGUAGUCUGUCUGUUUGCUCACACUGUGUGAUAGAAACUCUUCUACUGGAUCCAGGGCACAACGGUUAGUUACCAAGUUCUUAUAGGGAAAAGUUUCACUGUGUGUGUGUCUGCGUGAGAGGAGAGAGAGAUUGCACUUUCUCAAGCAGAUUUUUGAGAAAGCCAAACUGUCAGUGAAAGUGUGGGAUUGACUCUAAAGUCAAACAACCUGUUUGUUUGCUCUGUACCUGAUAGGCCAGGGGCGGUUAGGUGUGUCACAGGGAAGGAGGGAGCUGAUAUCACUCUAGACACUGAUUGGUCGAGGUACGGUCGGUUUCGAAUCAUUGUUGUGAUUCAAAUAUUUGAACGUUCGGAGAGAGAAAGGGGUCAGUUGGUCGCUUUGUGGCGUUUUAUUAUACCUGCUAAAUAGGGCUCAGUUUUCACUGGUUUUCAUUGGUCGCUGUACCUUUACAUUUUUAUUGCGCAAUAAAACGUGGUUGCCAGUAAAAAAAGAAAAAAUUACUUUAUACUGACUUGCCUUCUAGUAUGUCUGUUGUAAUAAUUGUUGGCUUUCUUCAAGGAUUAAACACUAUUCCUCAUAUUACCAUGCUAUUUGACUGUGGUAAAUGUCAAAAUGAUUUAAAUAAUCACAUUUCCACUGCAAACAAGCCAAUGCAGGGAAGGAUUGGUCUUUGUGUGGAAUGCAGGGGUUGUCCUUUCCUUCUUUCCCCUGUCAUAGUGAUUUAGGAGCGGAACAUACCACUCUCUUCCUAGUGUGGGGGGGUCUGAAUCCCCCCUCUGUCACACACGGGUGGGGUUGACAGGUUUGCGAGGGGAACCUGUCGACUGUCGUACAGAUGAGACGUCUGUCGUUUGUUUUACCACCCUCUCUCUGCUUCUUCCGUUAUCUGUGAAAACACUGCUGUCGUCGUUGGAUGGAGUGGGUGGCCACCAGGGUUUAAACAUGCUUCCUGAAUUGUGAGUUGAAAAAUAAUUUACCCCACACCAUGAUGACCACACUCUGUCAGUGACAGACCACAGACAGAUAGUGACAGCAGUGUCAUCGAUCCCCAGAAUGGGUGGGUGGGUGGGGCAGUUAGUGAUAUAGACAAGGGUGUUGUUGUCACUCACUGUGACAGCUGGGGACCUUGGUGGAAUGUCCCAGUGUCCCAGUGUCUAGCUCCAUCAUAGUUAAGAUGGCUUAUAAAGUACAGGGACUGGCUGGUGUCAUGCUUAUCACUGUCUCACAGUCUGUUAACAGCCUUAGCACCUCCUGCCUCAUAAACAAGAUGCUCCUAGACACUGAUCUAAGGUGAGUUUUGAGUUUCUCCCACUAAUGGUUAGGAUUGGGGGAGUUAUUGCUGACUAGAUCUGUGUCUAUGGAAAACAGAUUGCGGUUUAUUUCAUUUUAUUAAUCCAAUAAACACAAUUGCAAUCAUCAUAUCUAUGAUUCAUUCACUGCUACAGCUCGGCAGUAUACUGUCUGGACUCUGGCUGAGAUGACUAAUAAAACAAUGAGUGAUACACUGUGAAGUUAAUGAGUUUUAUUGUUUGGAUAAUAUAUUCGUUUAUUUACUUUAGCACUAGUAUAUCAGUCUCAUAUCUUCUUAAUGGUUAUUACUAGUUAAUAAAUGCUUGGCAUAUCGUAAUUGUAACACACACGGUGAAAAAUCUGUCGACGUGCCCUUGAGCAAGGCACUUAACCCUAAUUGCUCCUGUAAGUCGCUCUGGAUAAGAGCGUCUGCUAAAUGACAAAAAUAAAGACAAAAAAAAUUAGAAAACUGUAGCACACUGGCGAUCUUGAUGCUUCCAACAAAUGUAAUUGAUCUUAUUUCACCAAAGUUUCAGACUCCAUAGACCUUCAUCAGGAUAUUUCAUUGUGACAAACUCAAAUAUACUUGUAAACGGCAUCUUUGUAAUGUGGUGUUUUAUAUCACCCUGGGAUGGGUCCUGUCUUCCCCCAUGUCACUCUGUAGUCCUGUUUACCGUCAGAGAGCUCCUGUUUCCAUGGUGUCUGAAUGUGACACACCCUGGGAUGACUGGCUGUGAUCUGCCCAGGGACACCCUGUGUGUGUGUGUGUGUUGCCCUCUCAUUGAUCCCAAAUAGAACAGCUGGGGAGAUAUAAAUAGCAUCUCUCUCUCUAGCAAUCUCUCUUGGGAUGCCACAGGAAAAAGAGAGAGGAAAAAUAUGGCAGACCUGUAAAACUCUCCCUGUAUUUAACCUUGUUCUCCCCUGUUAAUGGCCUGUUGACAACCCUCAUUCCCUCAGCAUUGUGUGUGGGGAACAGAAUGAAGUUCAGUGGAUCUAUGUAGUAACUUACUUAGAGAGUCAGGACUGUGUGCAUGUACUUCAUGGCCAAUACAGUAGGCCUUUUCCUGGUUAGUUUACUCAGUGAGUGAAUAGCUUAGAUUGCCUUUUGAGUACACUGUGAACAGGCGAUGAAACAUGUGUCAAACACAUCAUUCAGCCCACAAUCAAGACGGCUUGAGCUGUACUCUCAACUGCAACGGGUUUAGAGUGCUACUGUUGUCUUAAGCUGAGUGCCAACAGCUAGUGUCAGGACCUGCUUCACCCCUGCUUAAUGACAACACUGAACAGGUGACUGGAACCUCUUACACCUGGCUCCUGCAUUAUGACUUUCUGGGGUGUGUGUGUGUGUGUGAAAGUGUGUGUGCACGCAUACGUUUGUCUGACCAUCCCUGCUUGCAUAUGUGUUUGUGUUUCAAUCAAUCAGCUGUUUGAUCUAGCUUCUAGACCACCAUGUGUACUAACAGUGUAUUGUGCGGACAGACAGGCAGAGGGACAGGUGGGGAGUGGACAACUGGGUAGGCUACUCUGUAACGGAUGGCUAAUGUAACAGAUACUCUCUGUGUUAGUAGAGCACAGUCUCUCUACCGUGAAUUAAGGGAAUGUGGGUGUAACAGAGUGGAAAACAUGGGUCGUCUUGCUCUUCUUUGUCUGAUGAUGAUGACACACUGGCCAACACUUUAGAGAAGAGGGAGAGGAGGAGGAGGAGGAGGAGGAGGAGGAGGCUGUGAGGAGGAGGAGGAGGAGGAGGAGGAGGAGGAGGAGGCUGUGAGGAGACAAUGGUAUCAACACCCUGUCUGUUAAACAGUGUGAGGCAGUUUGAUGAACAGAGGCACUGACGGGGGCGGGAGCAGAGAGGGGAUAUGGGAAGGGGGGAGGCGGGGUAGAAAGUGGUAUAGGGGUCCUGAGAAAUGACCUAAUUUGGGGGAGAGUGACUGACAAGGCACCUGCCGCUCAGCCGCCUCUCUCAAGCCCGCAUACACAUUGACUCAAAAAGACUCCUGCAACCCGAUCUCCCACUCAGAGACGUUUCAACAGUAUUUCAACUGCUGCAGCCACCUGUUGGCAACUCUCCUCCUACAUCACAGAUACCACAGUAUUAGAGCCCUAUAGGCUCUCUCUGUAUGCUUGGUGUUGAACAUAUAGCCUAGCCCUAUAGACUUGGAUUGAUCAGUUAGAGUUAGCAGUUUUGAGUUGUCAGCUCUCUCCCUAUAACCCAGCAUUAAAACGAAUGGGCCCAGGCCUGUAGGAUCUACACUGAGUAUACCAAACAUUAGGAACAACUUCCUAAUAUUGACUUGCCCUCAGAACAGCCUCAAUUCGUCAGGGCAUGGACUCUACAAGGUGUUGAAAGCGUUCCACAGGGAUGCUGGCCCAUGUUGAUUCCAAUGCUUCCCACAGUUGUGUCAAACUAUUGAGCAUGAAAAACCCAGCUGCAUUGCAGUUCUUGACACAAACCGGUGCGCCUGGCACCUACUACCAUAAACCCUGUUCAAAGGCACUUAAAUCUUUUGUCUUUCCCAUUCACCCUCUGAAUGGCACACAUACACAAUCCAUAUCUCAAUUGUCUCAAUAUUCAAAAAGGUGUUCUUUAACCUGUCACCUCCUCUUCAUCUACACUGAUUGAAGUGGAUUUAACAAGUGACAUCAAUAAGGGAUCAUAGGUUUCACCUGGUCAGUCUAUGUCAUGGAAAGAGCAGGUGUUCUUGAUGUUUUGUACACUCAGUGUAUAUGAUCAGGGGUGCAAAUUUCACUGGGGACGGACGACGACAUUACAUUUAAGUCAUUUAGCAGACGCUCUUAUCCAGAGCGACUUACAGUUAGUGAGUGCAUACAUUUUUUUAAAACUUUUUUUUUCAUACUGGCCCCCCGUGGGAAUCAAACCCACAACCCUGGCGUUGCAAACGCCAUACUCUACCAACUGAGCUACAUCCCUGCCGGCCAUUCCCUCCCAUACCCUGGGCCAAUUGUGCGCCGCCCCAUGGUCUCCCGGUCGCGGCCGGCUACGACAGAGCCUGGAUUCGAACCAGGAUCUCUAAUAGCACAGCUAGCACUGCGAUGCAGUGCCUUAGACCACUGCGCCACUCGGGAGACAUGUCCCCCCCCCCCCACAUUCUGAAAUUGCAUUUUUGUCACCCCCAGUUUUAUCAUUGGAAUUUGAUGCAAAACAAGGCAACGGUGUGCUUUAGGACAUGCGGACGCCUCCGAGCGGUCGGGUAGGCUGUUUGGAGUGUUAAUCCUACUGUCCCCCCCACUUCUAAAACCAAAGUUGCGCCCCUGUAUAUGAUAUAUGGGUUAGUAAGACUUAGCAGUUUUCAGUUGUUCCACGAGUUGAAAUCAAGAUCAGAUUUGUUUAAUGACUUAGGUGGAAUCAGGUGGAAUCACAAGGAGACCUACUUAAUUCAAUCUACUGUAGCAGAGAGAGAACAAUGGCAUGACAAACAAGUGGAGCUCAGCACAGAGAGAGAAUACUGGCAGAGACUGAAGAAAAUAUAAGCCAGUCCUUCCCAAGUCUCACUGUAACAUAAUAUUUGUCCGGAAAUCGCUGUGAGCAGCACACGUCUCUCAUUUGUGGGAAGUGUUGGUGGUCACACUCUUGGGAUGCGUCCCAAAUUGCACUAUAUUCCCUAUAAAGUGCAGUACUUCUGACCAGAGCCACUGGGCCUUGGUCUAAAGUAAUACACUACAUAGGGAGUAGGGUGCCAUUUGGGAUGCACCCUAGAUCUCCUCUGAGAAGAGAUAUGUGCCGUUGUCAGCCGUUAGGAUUGAGAUAUUUACUGUACGUAAUUAAAGUUUGUUUCUGGACAAGAGGGGGAAAAUACUGACACUUUCAUGUCAUUGACAGGACAGGUUAUUUAUUCAAAUGAUACAGUGCCUUGCAAAAGUAUUCAUCCCCUUGGCGUUUUCCUAUUUUGUUGCGUUACAACCUGUAAUUUAACUGGAUUUUUAUUUGCAUUUCAUGUAAUGGACAUACACAAAAUAGUUUUUAAAAAAUCUAAAAAAUAAAUAACGGAAAAGUGGUGCGUGCAUAUGUAUUCACCCCCUUUGCUACAGAUUUGAGACUGGGACGGAGGUUCACUUUCCAGCAGGACAAUGACCCUAAGCAUACUGCUAAAGCAACACUUGAGUGGUUUAAGGGGAAACAUUUAAAUGUCUUGGAAUGGCCUAGUCAAAGCCCAGACCUCAAUCCAAUUGAGAAUCUGUAGUAUGACUUAAAGAUUGCUGUACACCAGCGGAACCCAUCCAACUUGAAGGAGCUGGAGCAGUUUUGCCUUGAAGAAUGGGCAAAACUCCCAGUGGCUGGAUGUGCCAAGCUUAUAGAGACAUACCCCAAGAGACUUGCAGCUGUAAUUGCUACAAAAGGUGGCUCUACAAAGUAUUGACUGAAUAGUUAUGCACGCUCAAGUUUUCAGUUUUUUUGUCUUAUCUCUUGUUUGUUUCACAAUAAAAAGUAUUUUGCAUCUUCAAAGUGGUAGGCAUGCUGUGUAAAUCAAAUGAUACAAACCCCCCAAAAAUCCAGGUUGUAAGGCAACAAAAUAGGAAAAUGCCAAGGGGGGGUGAAUACUUUUGCAAGCCACUGUAUAUGCCUACCAGUGACUCUGUCUACUUGAUUUAAUGUCUUUGAUCGGGACAGUUAUAACAAAAUGUUCUCAAUCAUUAACUAUUCAACAACGUUGACACCAAUCUUCAUGUGUUUAAUGUGGUUGAACUGUGGUUGGCUCUACUUCUGCUCUGGAAUAAAUCCACUUAGAUGAUGAUCACUUCUAUAUUCAACAAAAUGCUAAACAAAUCUUAACAAAUCUUCAUGGCUUCAAUUGUGUACAUGAGUUCUGAUCCACCUUUUAACUGUUCCAUGCUCUGUAGUUCAUCCAUUUAACCCUAGCCUCCCUCUCUCUCCUCCCCCUACCCAGACGGGAUCCAUCGGGUCACAGCCCUGUGCACCCUGCGUGUCACCAUAAUCACAGACGACAUGUUAACCAACAGCAUCACGGUACGCCUGGAGAACAUGUCUCAGGAGCGCUUCCUGUCCCCUCUGCUGUCCCUCUUCCUGGAGGGUGUGGCAGCCGUGCUCUCCACCAGGUACUUUGUCUGCUCCUACUUAGGGUUCCGGAAGAUUCUCAGUAUCAGGAGGGAAUAAUAAUCCACCAACCGGGAUUUCGGUCUAACCUGGGAAUUUUGGGGAAAGAUAUUGAAAUGUUGUAACUCUAGCUUCUACUCCAUGGAGGUCCAUGUAGCCAUUCUGUUGCUGCUACAGUACUUCUGCUCCCUAUGAUCAUAAGAUUCUCUACUCGCUAUUCCCUACUCUCCACCAGCCGCCAGGCCGUCUUUGUGUUCAACAUCCAGAACGACACAGACGUGCGCGGCGCCAUCCUCAACGUGACCUUCUCGGCGCUGCAGCCAGGGGGUCCCCCAGGGAGGUACUUCCCCUCCGAGGAGCUGCAGGAGCAUAUCUACCUGAACCGCACCUUGCUCCGACUAAUAUCAUCACAACAGGUAACCUACUCACACCAGGUCAUUUGAAUGAAUCCCAAAUCGACCCCUACCUACCCUAUAGGCACUCCUGUAGAACUGGGUCAUGUACAGUUGGCACGAAAUUGAAGAACAUUCUCAGAAACUCGAAGGUACUAGCUGAACAAUAAUAAAUAUUUGUUGUUGUUUUGAAAAGUUUAGCUACUGUGUGCCCUAAUGAACACGACUCAGGUUUUCCCGAUCUAAGUCAGCCACUGAUUCGAAGGAGCGAACGAAAACCAACGCCCCAGUUCAGUUUCUGGAUUUGAGCGAUUUCCUAAUUCAUUGUAUCCAUUCCAGGUGCUUCCCUUCGACGACAACAUCUGCCUGAGGGAGCCGUGUGAGAACUACAUGAAGUGUGUGUCUGUGCUGAAGUUUGACAGCUCCCCGCCCUUCAUCUCCUCCAACACGGUGCUGUUCCGUCCCAUCCACCCCAUCAACGGUCUGCGCUGCCGCUGUCCUGCAGGCUUUACCGGGGACUACUGCGAGACGGAGAUAGACCUCUGCUACUCAGGACCCUGCAGGAACAACGGGAAGUGUCGCAGCCGAGAGGGAGGCUAUACAUGCGAGUGUCAGGAAGACUUCACUGGUGAGUUGCUCCACUCGGUGAAUGAGUUGUUUCUAUACUGGAUUAUCCUUUGCUAGCCUGUUCUUUGAGCUGUUGUGCGGUCUUGCCAAGGGUGUGAAAUGGCCAUAGUAGUUGGCAAAGUAGCAUAAACAGAUCUGGGACCAGGCUAAUACUUUACUAGGUCUCUAAGAGCUUAAAAUUAUAUGUAGGUACUUUCUGGUAAGUCACCCCAUCCACCAUCAGAGUGUAGCUUCCAAUUUGGGUGAUGCACGCAUUUCAUGGCAGUCAUUUUGGCUGCAGAUCAACUCUGGUGUUUGCCAGCAGCAGGAUGCGCCAACCCACUGAUGAACCAUCAACUACAAAUGACCCCUUUACUAAAUGGGAAAGCAUGUGGUCUUUCUCAAUGUGAUUUAUGUUUGAGAUGAGGUUGGAAUGCUGUCUAGCUGGCAGCCCCAGGUACACUCUAUAGUAGGCCCUACUCCCUACUCCUUUCUUUGUGCCUAUGAGUGAUGGUUGAGGGUGCUAUCAGUGCUAUCCUGAGUGCUAUCAGAUGCACUCAGAAAGUUUUUAUUAUGGAGUUUACAGGUCAACUGAACGGGAGCUUUCAUCAUGAUACCACAUCUCUCCAUCUCGCUGUCCCUACAAUGGGGCCCGGUAGAAUAUAAUAACAACCCCACCUCUCCUUUCCUCUCUUUCCCUCCUUCACUUCCUUAUCAGCUGUAAUUACCUGAUUAUACCACCCUCCACCCCUCCUCUCCUCCAAUGGGUGGCCUAGUCUUUGAAGGUCACAGUUCAACCUCAGCUAGUCAGGAGCCAUUAUGUGGCCGGUGACAGUGGGGCCUACUGUGUUCGCCUUAGGUUUCCACAUUAUUCCCACAUUACAGGGAAACAGAUCCUCCUAAUUCUACUCAGAAAAAGGGAUUAUACCGCAGAGAGAAGAGUCAUUACCAGGGUCCAGACAUUGUCUGAGCUCUGAUGUUCUGGCAUCCUGCACUCCAUCCCACGCAUACCUGGCUGUGCCCCCCGUCCCCCCCCACCCCCCCGUCCCCCCUCCUGGACAGAUCUUGUCGGGAUGAUGGUUGACACAACACUGGAGCUGGAGUUGACGCCGAUGGUUGGCGGCCAUCUUAGAUAAGGAAACUGAUGGACCCAGGGGAGUCUGUCAGUGGAGGAAUCAGGAAUCUGCCUUGGCUGGCCCACUUUGGUCUGCAAACUUGAGCCAGUCAGCCAGUUUCCUGUGGUCUCAUAGACAGACAGUCUGUCAGUGGGAAACUGAGCUGUGUAUCUGUGGUGGUGAUGUGAUGUCCAGAGCAGUAGUUAGUGUCUGUAACCCUAAUUUGCACCGGGGGCGCCGUAUUAGUAUGGCUGACCCUGUAAAACAACACGUCACUCCAUCUAUCCGGUGUAUGUGACAAUAAAAUAUUAUCAUUUUAUUAUUAUUAUUAGAUCCUCCAUGAGAACCAUUCAGCAGACCAAUAUGGAAACAGUGACGUCUGUUCAGUGUCUUCUGUCUCUCAGAAAUGGGAAUGCAAGGUCUCCCGAGUGGCGCAGUGGUCAAAGGCACUGCAUCGCAGUGCUAGCUGUGCCUCUAGAGAUCCUGGUUCGAAUCCAGGCUCUGUCGCAGCAGGCCGCGACUGGGAGACCCAUGGGGCGGCGCACAAUUUGCUCAGUGUCGGCGCACAAUUUGGCCGACAGGGAUGUUCUUGUCCCAUCGUGCACUAGCGACUCCUGUGGCGGGCCGAGUGCAGUGCACGCUGACUGGGUCACCAGGUGUACGGUGUUUCCUCCGACACAUUGGUGCGCCUGGCUUCCGGGUUAAGUGGGCACUGUGUCAAGGAGCAGUUGGGUUGUGUUUCGGAGGACGCACGACUCUCGACCUUCACCUCUCCCGUGUCCGUACGGGAGUUGCAGCGAUGGGACAAGACUGUAACUACCAAUUGGAUACCAUGAAAAAAGGGGGUAAAAUAAAUGGGAAUGCAGUCUAUGAAUAUGACUUUUUGUGUGUCUGACUGGCUGUUAAUAACUCUUAAACCAUACUAUCUCCCUCCUCCCCUCUCUCCCUAGGUGAGCACUGUGAGGUGAAUGCCCGGUCAGGGCGGUGUGUCCCGGGGGUGUGUAAGAAUGGGGGGAAAUGUGUGGACCUGCUGGUGGGGGGGUUCAUGUGCCAGUGUCCCCCGGGAGAGUACGAGAAGCCUUACUGUGAGAUGACCACCAGGUCCUUUCCUGGUCAGUCUUUCAUCACCUUCAGAGGACUACGACAGAGGUUCCACUUUACUGUCUCAUUCAUGUGAGUACUUGGAAACCAUCUACUCUCUCUCUCUAUCUCCAUCUAUUGUACUAUUCUCCCCAUUUACCCUCUCUUCUCGCAUCUCCUGUCGAUCUUCCCCUCACACACACAUACAGCCACACAGCCUAGAUGUGUUAACAGAGCGACAUGCCUACUGUACAUGUUUGCGUGUGUGGGGAGGGUUGCACAAAAAACACACUUCACUCAGUUCAGUGUACCAGUUCAGUGGGGCGUGUAGAGACAUCUUUACAUUAAACACGAGAGGGGUGUGUUUGUGUUCACACUCUGUUGAAUCUGCCGUAUAGGAAAAUGAGCUAGAACACCUUUCAUUACCCCAUUAGUCAAGGCAGGAACACAUAGCGGCUGUCUCUCAAAUGACACCAUAUUCCCGGCCCAUAAACUAUAGGAAACUACAUUAUAUGUGGCAGCCCUAUGUGGCUCUGAUCAAAACUAGUGCACUUGCACAAUAGUGUAAAUAUUGCGUCAGAUCUGUUGCUAGUCCCAUUUGAAGUUCUAGGUGGGGUGAGGAUCAUAAAAGUGGGUUGAUGUAAAAAGCAUAGUUUGUGUCAGUGAGAAACGGUAGAACAGGGUGAAAACAGGAAGUGCCCUGUGAUGAGGUACUCUUAUCACUGUUUUCUUUUAUAGGCAGUAUCUUCCUGCCCCCCUGCCCCCAUCCGCACCUCCCACUACUCUGCUGGCAUCUGGUGUCUGACUCUUGUGCCCUCUGUGCCCCUCAUAGCAUACAUGCAGGCAGACACACACGCACACACUAUAGCAGGGGCUACUUCCUCCUUCCUGUCUCUAGACCACUGGUCUUACGACCACUUCCAUAUUGUCCUUCAAGUCUCUCUUCCUCAGGAAUUUCUCACCCCUUCCUUACACACCUCUCCAAGCCCAAAUCCCACCUCUCAUAUACACUACAUGACCAAAAUGUAUGUGGACACCUGCUCAUCGAACAUCUCAUUCCAAAAUAAUGGGCAUUAAUAUGGAGUUGGUCACCCCCAUCUUCUGGGAAGGCUUUCCACUAGAUGUUGGAACAUUGCUGCGGGGACUUGCUUCCAUUCAGCCACAAUAGCGUUAGUGAGGUCGGGCACUGAUGUUGGGCAAUUAGGCCUGGCUCGCAGUUGGCAUUCCAAUGAAUUCCAAAGGUGUUCGAUGGGGUUGAGGUCAGGGCUCUGUGCAGGCCAGUCAAGUUCUUCCACACUGAUCUCGACAAACCAUUUCUGUAUGGACCUCGCUUUGUGCACAGGGGUAUUGUCAUGCUGAAACAGGAAAGGGCCUUCCCCAAACUGUUGCCACAAGGUUGGAAGCACAGAAUCGUCUAGAAUGUCAUUGUAUGCUGUAGCGUUAAGAUUCCCCUUUACUGGAACUAAGGGGCCUAGCCCGAACCAUGAAAAACAGCCCCAGACCAUUAUUCCUCCUCCACCAAACUGCAGUUGGCACUAUGCAUUGGGGCAGGUAGCAUUCUCCUGGCAUUGCCAAACCCAGAUUUGUCCGUUGGACUGCCAGAUGGUGAAGCUUGAUUCAUCACUCCAGAGAACGCGUUUCCACUGCUCCAGAGUCCAAUGGCAGCAAGCUUUACACCACUCCAGCCGAUGCUUGGCAUUGCGCAUGGUGAUCUUAGGCUUGUAUGCGGCUGCUUGGCCAUGGACACCACAAACAGUUAUUGUGCUGACUUGGCGGUUCUGUGCGUUUGUGUGGCCUACCACUUCGCAGCUGAGCCGCUGUUGCUCCUAGAAGUUUCCACUUCACAGUAACAGGACUUACAGUUGACCGGAGCAGCUCUAGCAGGGCCGAAAUUUGACUAACUGACUUGUUGGAAAGGUGGCAUCCUAUGAUGGUGCCACGUUGAAAGUCACUGAGCUCUUCAGUAAGGCCAUUCUACUGCCAAUGUUUGUCUAUGGAGAUUGCAUGGCUGUGUGCUUGAUUUUAUACACCUGUCAGCAAUGGUUGUGGCUGAAAUAGACGAAUCCACAGAUUUGAAGGGGUGUCCACAUACUUUUGUAUAUAUAGUGUAUCUUAUCUGGCAGUUUGGGUUAGAUACACAGACUCUGUCACGGAGUUUGUCUAAGGCACAUACUGUCAAAACCUAAUUAAUAAUUUUUCACACAAAAAAAAAGAGUUUGACUAACUAUGUUUGAGAUGUAGGAUUUGAAUGGGUGCCAGUUUGGCACCAAAUGUGUGUUUGACAAUAAAAGGUUGACCCUGUGUCCAUCUUGUCCCCAGGUUUGCCACCAGAGAGAGGAAUGCCCUGCUGCUGUACAAUGGGAGAUUUAACGAGAAACACGACUUUAUCGCCUUGGAGAUUAUCGAGGAACAGAUCCAACUCACCUUCUCCGCAGGUGAGAAUGGCGGCAGUGUGUGUGUCCACAGUACAAAUAAUCAUCCUCACACAAAGAGCUGGACAAUGACUUACAAGUUGCUUGUAUCAACACUAGCUGAUGGCUUGAUUUAUCAACUCCGCUGUAAGGAUAUCAUUAAUGUGGCUUUCAAACAAACCGCUUGGUAAAUACUCUUAUCAGCUGAACUCCUUGACCAGUGUGAAACAAACCGUUACAGGAUUUCAUUAGAAUGUGUCCUCUCCAUUGUCUGGCUAUGCUGCUGUGCCGUUACACCUAGAGAUGCAUUGGCUUUGGCUGUGUGAAAGGGAUGAGUGUUUUACUGUGGUCAGAGAGCAGCUGCUUUCCCCCAUAACAGAGCCUGGGCAGACUGAUUCAUGACAGUAUAGACACUUAACAAGCCAUAAAGACCUACUUACACCUCAGCCCUGCUCAGCCCUGCUCACACACACUCAUAAACAAAGGAGCAAGGACUGGGUCACUGCUUCCUCUAGCUCAAACACAAAUAUGCACGCAAACAAACACAGCUCUUGUUGGAUCCACUGCGCUGAGUCUGUCUCACUGCCAAUGCCUAGAGAGCCCUGGAGUUUAUACCACACAGCCAUGAGAAAAGGCAACGUUGUACUGCAGAAGUCAUUGAGUUUUUCUGAUAAAGACACACUAAACACCAUGACUAAUGGCUCUGUGUAACACAGCUACAGUGUUGCAUUACUGUUGACUGAGUCGGUGGGUAAAUUCUUCCAGAGGGACUCCUGCCCUUGGUAAACAGUCAGUAAAGCCCUGGGUAAAUCUGGUGUGAUUGUUGCUCUGUAGACUUGAAUGAGAACCAUUGACAUGGUUGGAAUACCCUGGUGUUCUUACAGUGAGUGUGAUUUAUGAUGACUGUGAGAGCUGGCUGGCUUUGUGAGUCUGGCUGCGUUUUUAUUUCCCCAUGUUGGAGUUUCAUGUUUUAACUUAAUGAAUGAAUGGAGGAGAGAAAUAGGUUUCCUUACGUUGAUUUUAACUUUGACAUACUUAGAGGCUGAAAAAUCGUUUUAAAAAUGCAUGUUCUACGAUGACACUACUAUAUUAGGAGACAGUUAUCCUUCCUAUUAAAGUAGAGCCUACAGGUCUGGCAUGCAAGGUUAUGUACAGUACCAGUCAAAAGUUUGGACACACCUACUCAUUCCAGGGUUUUUCUUUAUUUUUACUGUUUUCUACAUUGUAGAAUAAUAGUGAAGACAUCAAAACUAUGAAAUAACACAUAUCGAAUCAUGUAGUAACCAAAACAGUGUUAAACAAAUCAAAAUAUAUUUGAUAUUUUAGAUUCUUCAAAUAAUAUAAUAAUAUAAUAUGCCAUUUAGCAGACGCUUUUAUCCAGAGCGACUUACAGUCAUGUGUGCAUACAUUUUUACGUAUGGGUGGUCCCGGGGAUCGAACCCACUACCCUGGCGUUACAAGCACCAUGCUCUACCAAUUGAGCUACAAAGUAGCCACCCUUUGCCUUGAUGACAGCUUUGCACACUCUUGACAUUCUCUCAACCAGUUUCACCUAGAAUGCUUUUCCAACAGUCUUGAAGGAGUUCCCACAUAUGCUGAGCACUUGUUGGCUGCUUUUCCUUCACUCACCUGGAAUGCAUUUAAAUUAACAGGUGUGCCUUGUUAAAAGUCCAUUUGUGGAAUUUCUUUCCUUCUUAAUGUGUUUGAGCAAAUCAGUUGUGUUGUGACAAGGUAGGGGUGGUAUACAGAAGAUAGCCCUAUUUGGUAAAAGACCAAGUCCAUAUUAUGGCAAGACCAGCUCAAAUAAGCAAAGAGAAACGACAGUCCAUCAUUACUUUAAGACAUGAAGGUCAGUCAAACCGGAAAAUGUCAAGAACAUUGAACGUUUCUUCAAGUGCACACAAAAACCAUCAAGCGCUAUGAUGAAACUGGCUCUCAUGAGGACCGCCACAGGAAUGGAAGACCCAGAGUUACCUCUGCUGCAGAGGAUAAGUUCAUUAGAGUUACCAGCCUCAGAAAUUGCAGCCCAAAUAAAUCCUUCACAGAGUUCAAGUAACAGACACAUCUCAACAUCAACUGUUCAGAGGAGACUGUGUGAAUCAGGCCUUCAUGGUCGAAUUGCUGCUAAGAAACUACUACUAAAGGACAGCAAUAAGAAGAAGAGACUUGCUUGGGCCAAGAAACACAAGCAAUGGACAUUAGACCGGUGGAAAUGUGUCCUUUGGUCUGGAGUCCAAAUUGUAGAUUUUUGGUUCCAACCGCCGUGUCUUUGUGAGACGCGGUGUGGGUGAACGGAUGAUCUCCGCAUGUGUAUUUCCCACCGUAAAGCAUGGAGGAGGAGGUGUUAUGGUGUGGGGGUGCUUUGCUGGUGACACUGUCAGUGAUUGAUUUAUUUAGAAUUCAAGGCACACUUAACCAGCAUGGCUACCACAGCAUUCUGCAACGAUACACCAUCCCAUCCGGUUUGGGCUUAGUGGGACUAUCAUUUGUUUUUCAACAGGACAAUGACCCAACACACCUCCAGGCUGUGUAAGGGCUAUUUGACCAAGAAGGAGAGUGAUGGAGUGCUGCAUCAGAUGACCGGGCCUCCACAAUCCCCCGACCUCAACCCAAUUGAGAUGGUUUGGGAUGAGUCGGACCGCAGAGUGAAGGAAAAGCAGCCAACAAGUGCUCAGCAUAUGUGGGAACUCCUUCAAGACUGUUGGAAAAGCAUUCUAGGUGAAACUGGUUGAGAGAAUGUCAAGAGUGUGCAAAGCUGUCAUCAAGUCAAAGGGUGGCUACUUUGAAGAAUUUAAAAUAUCAAAUAUAUUUUGAUUUAUUUAACACUUUUUUGGUUACUACAUGAUUCCAUGUGUUAUUUCAUAGUUUUGAUGUCUUCACUAUUAUUCUACAAUGUAGAAAAUAGUAAAAAAUAAAGAAAAACCCUGGAAUGAGUAGGUGUGUCCAAAGUUUUGACUGGUACUGUACAUUCAACAGACAAUAUGGUAUUGAAUUAACCACAACCUCUUUUCAUCUUUAUCGUCUUUCCUAUCUUUCCUCGCUCCCUCUUUCUGUCUUUCCCUCUCUCCCCAUCACUUUCUCUCCCUCCUCCAGGAGAGGCUAAGACCGUGGUCCAUCCCUUUGUUCCCGGAGGGGUCAGUGACGGUCACUGGCACUCUGUCCAGCUGCACUACUACAACAGGGUAAGACACUGCUACACCUUGUUUAUCUCUCUGUCUGGUUUGUUUGUUGCUAUACAUAUAAACAGUAAACAUAUGUUGAAGACAGAAAUGUAAUGGACACCCCAAUGGAGGAGUCUGCAUACCUGUCAAGUUCACCUACUCAGAUAACCUGGUUGAUAGUCUGUUGAUAUUUUGACCAGCUGUAGAUAAUUUAUUAUGGACUAUCGAAAUAAAGUGUGACUACAUUUAAGUACCAUAUGAAUCAUAAUGAUCCUGAAUAUAUCAUAACGAUCUUAUGAGUCGUGUGUGUCCCAGUUAAUCAUAAGGGAAACAUGGCUACGAUUUUCCUUACGCUCUUUAUAAAAACCAAUCUUAAGGAGCAUUAUAAUGCUUAUUUCAUAUUGCGGAUCAAAUUCACCACCAAAGGUAAUCGGAUAUUAGACGACCUUACAUGGCAGUCAAUUGCUGGGUGUUAUUUUCCCACAAACUUCCAUGGCCUCUGGCCCAUUGAAUUACAAUAGCAGACUGACAACAUCUACAUCAUCUACCUCAAAUCUAUAUUAUAGACUAUGCUUCUCUGAACAUGAGAGAGUUUCUUAGCACCGACUUUUAGACUAUUUUCCAACCAGCUUCCAGGAAAGCUUAUAUGUUAACUGGAAUGCAUGUGCAUUGUGUUGAAGCUUUAGUAUAGUCUCAUACAUUUUUGUCACAAAAGACACCGGUUUUUUUAAUUUCCAGACUGUCUUUGAUUCCCGCUUUCCUUGCUUCCCUAACCCCAGUUUUAUCAGAUGUGAAAUACUGCAUUGUGAUUGGCCAACCUCCUAGCAGGUUGGGAGACAUCCAGGGUCUGGUUGUCUGUGUGUCUGUGUGUCUGUCUGUGUGUGUGUGUGCGUACAGUGGGGUCCAAAAUUAAUUACACUAAUUUUGGACCCCACUGUACGUAUAGUUUUGUUCAGCCCCCUCUGAAAGAGUAUCUGCCUCUGUUCUGACUGUUCGCCAGGAUAGCAGAAAACAUUGUUGCAUUCUUUUGUUACACUACCUAUCAACUAGGCUUGUUUCUACCAGGCAUGCUGACACUGACAAGCAUUUAGUCUCAGAAAUGUAAAUAAGAGUUCUUUAGAGCAGCAUGGUUGCGUUAAGGUUUUGCAUUCAUGUAUUGUUGUCAUUGGUGAAUUUAGGCCAAAUCCCAACCUUUCUCAAUAGGAACCAGUUCUAAAGAAGAUGAUUAUUGUUAACGAGCGACGUAUCAUGUAGUACUUCGUUCAUCUCAAUACCUGGCCAUGACAACCACAGUAUUAUUUGCACUGUGCAAACUUAAGGAAUGUUGGUUUUCAUUGUUCUGUGUGUUGUAUUGCGGCUGUUGUGGAGGUAUAAUACCAUGGGAACGGGAGAUUAAUGUCCAUGCUAUUGCCAGUCUGGGCAUAUUUCCUGUUUCUAAACCAAAUCCUCCUCUUUCUUACUUGUUUAGUUUCUCCCAUGACUGGACCUGUCGCCUUUAUGCAACUAGUGUUCUGUCGGCAGCGUAAAACAAACACAAACGCAUACACGCAAAGGCGAGCUAACACACACAUGUGCACACACGAGAUCCGACCCGGGAGCCAAGCGGGUCCUAAAUUCUGACUUUUGUCUCGGAUCUGGGUCAGGUAUGUGCAACUAAAAAUGUAUUACCGACUGGACCCGAUUGGACCCGUCCUCUGUUAAUUUAAUGUGUGUGAGGUGAUGAGAACUGCGCAAGCUUUGUUAUGUGUCAGCCAAUUGCAACUCAAUAAAACGUAUCGCUAAUGUCCAGCUUAAACAGGUUCCGGCUUCUCACCUCAUGUGCGCCUGCUGUUGAGGAGAAAGCCAGUGAAAGGAGCCUUGGCCUAGGCUACUGUUGCUUGUGAAGAUGGAGGCCUUUUCCAUUGAAGUAAAACAAUUCUCAGACAAGGAGAAUGUCCGUGGGACAAGUUGGCGCGGCCUUAAUGGACUGUGUGCAACUCGCUAUUCAGGUUUGAUGCAAUUUUCUAACUUUUAUUUAUUUAUUUUCAUAAAUAUUAUAAUUUGUUUUAUCAUUCAUAUUAUUGUGUAUCAUUAUUACAGGCCUAUUUAAUAAUCUAAACCAAUUCUUUAAAUAGUCUUUGCAAAAAGUAUUUUGUUUCAUUUUGUAGAGACAUUUUUGUUGGUUAAAUUAAGUUCCAACUAUAUUGUUGUGUUUGCCACAAAAUAAUAGAAUUACCACUAGAGCCUGCUAUAGGGCUACUCACACUCAAACCAUGAGAAGGAAAAACCAAACAGGGCGAGAUGCAAAACGUAAUUUAAUGCCGCAGUAUAAUAACCUGUUCGUAUUUUCCCUAUAAACAAGGUCGACUUACUUUUGAUAUUACCCUAAUAAAGUUAAGAACAUUUUGUAAAUGUUUGGUGUGGUAGGCUAUGGUUAUUAUUAGGCUUAGCUACUGCAGGCCUGUGAAGGCAGUGCACACCAGCACUCCAACUGACUCCGACAGUUGAAGUUGAGGUGAGGAAGAAUGUUUUAGGCCUACCAGAGUUACGCCUUUAAUCUAACAAUAUAAUGCUUAUCUUUAUAAAAAAAUAAUCUAAUUGAACAUGUACGAAUUGGCCUCUUUCUGUACGCCUACAGUGGGGAAAAAAUGUAUUUAGUCAGCCACCAAUUGUGCAAGUUCUCCCACUUAAAAAGAUGAGAGAGGCCUGUAAUUUGCAUCAUAGGUACACGUCAACUAUGACAGACAAAAUGAGAAAAAAAUUCCAGAAAAUCACAUUGUAGGAUUUUUAAUGAAUUUAUUUGCAAAUUAUGGUGGAAAAUAAGUAUUUGGUCACCUACAAACAAGCAAGAUUUCUGGCUCUCACAGACCUGUAACUUCUUCUUUAAGAGGCUCCUCUGUCCUCCACUCGUUACCUGUAUUAAUGGCACCUGUUUGAACUUGUUAUCAGUAUAAAAGACACCUGUCCACAACCUCAAACAGUCACACUCCAAACUCCACUAUGGCCAAGACCAAAGAGCUGUCAAAGGACACCAGAAACAAAAUUGUAGACCUGCACCAGGCUGGGAAGACUGCAUCUGCAAUAGGUAAGCAGCUUGGUUUGAAGAAAUCAACUGUGGGAGCAAUUAUUAGGAAAUGGAAGACAUACAAGACCACUGAUAAUCUCCCUCGAUCUGGGGCUCCAUGCAAGAUCUCACCACAUGGGGUCAAAAUGAUCACAAGAACGGUGAGCAAAAAUCCCAGAACCACACGGGGGGACCUAGUGAAUGACCUGCAGAGAGCUGGGACCAAAGUAACAAAGCCUACCAUCAGUAACACACUACGCCGCCAGGGACUCAAAUCCUGCAGUGCCAGACGUGUCCCCCUGCUUAAGCCAGUACAUGUCCAGGCCCAUCUGAAGUUUGCUAGAGUGCAUUUGGAUGAUCCAGAAGAGGAUUGGGAGAAUGUCAUAUGGUCAGAUGAAACCAAAAUAGAACUUUUUGGUAAAAACUCAACUCGUCGUGUUUGGAGGACAAAGAAUGCUGAGUUGCAUCCAAAGAACACCAUACCUACUGUGAAGCAUGGGGGUGGAAACAUCAUGCUUUGGGGCUGUUUUUCUGCAAAGGGACCAGGACGACUGAUCCGUGUAAAGGAAAGAAUGAAUGGGGCCAUGUAUCGUGAGAUUUUGAGUGAAAACCUCCUUCCAUCAGCAAGGGCAUUAAAGAUGAAACGUGGCUGGGUCUUUCAGCAUGACAAUGAUCCCAAACACACCGCCCGGGCAACGAAGGAGUGGCUUCGUAAGAAGCAUUUCAAGGUCCUGGAGUGGCCUAGCCAGUCUCCAGAUCUCAACCCCAUAGAAAAUCUUUGGAGGGAGUUGAAAGUCUGUGUUGCCCAGCGACAGCCCCAAAACAUCACUGCUCUAGAGGAGAUCUGCAUGGAGGAAUGGGCCAAAAUACCAGCAACAGUGUUGGUCAACACAAAAUAUAAUUGCUAAUUUGCUACGUGAGGCUUAUUUGAUCAAAUAGCCAUAAUGUUUUGGUUGCUUUGAAUGUACAUAUAUAAGUGGCCGCACGUGGUAUUCCGACAACUUUGAGAAAAACUAUUUUAUAUCAGUUGUGCGUAUCUGCCCUCUCAUUGGCUUGAAUAUCCCCACCUGAUCCAACCUCCUCACCUCCUUUGCCGACAUUUAUUCCCAUUGUUAGAGUGGUCAGUCCAGUAUCUUGUCAGUGUAUACACAAUCUUUGAUCACUAUCACUAGCUAUCACUAGCUAACAGAAAAUAUCGUCUAGGUAGCUAACUUGAUUCUUCUCACAUGUACUACUAAAGUUAAAAAGUGUUGGAUUGGUGUAAACAUACGCGAGAGAAAGUUUCCUUCCGACAUCUAUUUUGUACCAGUCUGGGUGCUAUUCCUUUUAAUUAAUCCAAGUCACGUUGAGAUUCACCUAAUAAUUAAACCUAAUCUAACCUAUGACCUGACAAAUCACCUUAUGUAUUACUGCCCCCAGUUGCAAGAAGUGACACAAAACAUUUCACAAAAAACUAGCCUCCCACGCAUGCUUUCUAUCCCUAGCACUAAAACUAAAUAUAAAUAUUUUAAUACAACUAAAACUAAAUAAAAAUGAGCAAAUCAGAAUUUCAAAUAAAAAUAGAAAAUGAAUAGAAAUAAAAACUAAUUUAAAAACACUAUAAUAACCUUGCUGUCCAGGAACUCUCUUAAAUCUAGGAAGAGGCUACCGCAACCAGGCACGCUGGCAUCUUAUGUUAUACAUCACCCCAGUCAGAUUGAGAACAGCCAAACCUGGUCCUGACAGUCCAGAUAGGAUCCAAUCUGGACUUCAUCUAAAGCCAGACUAAGCUCAGAAGACCUAUCACUUUCUACAUCAGAGCCUUUGAGAACUUAUAAAGGGAUACUCUAUGUCUGCGUUCCACGUGGCAUCCUAUUCCAUACACAGUGCACUACUUUUGACCAGAGCUCUAUGGGCCCAGGUCAAACAUAGUGCACUAUGUAGGGAUUGCGGUGCCAUUUGGGACACAGUCUAUGAUAUUUUUAUGGCCUACUCAAGGCACCGGUUAGAUUAAGGGUUGUCCAAAUCAGAGUGGAGAGGCCCAGUCACCCCAAACAUACCCUAACAGUCUGCUCUGAGUUAUGGGGUCAGGGGCUGAGGGUGUAGGGGUGCCCCUGCACGCACCCGUUCCCCUUUCUCCCCAAACCAUAGGUCAGAGGCCACAAGGGGAUGGGCUAUGAGGGGCAUUGGGUCUCCGUGGUAACAGACACACUUGCAUUGUGCUUGGUGAUUUACGGUGGUGUGUGUGUGGUGCGUAGACUCCCUUUUUAGUGUCAGACUUGUCAAUAGUUGUGGUCUGGACGGAGUAGUCUAGAGGACAUGAUGUUAUUUACACUUUACAGUAUAGCAUGCUCUUAGCCACAUUCCCAGACACAGACAGGCCUAGCUAGCUCUAAUCACACUGCUGCAUCGAAGCCCUCAUCUGAAACUCAUACUCUGACUCAUAGAGAUGGUGAUAACAUAGCCUUUAUAGAUAUGGGUCUUUAUUAGUGCAUGCCAUAGGCUCUAGGCUUGUUCGUAUAGUAGACAAGAUAUGCUUAUAAGUCCUGUGCCAUUAUUUUAUAUUAUAUGAUUUUAUAGUAGGAAGAAUAUAAUUGAAUUUAGCUGAAUAAAAUAGAAUGGAUAUUUUUCCCAUUCGGGAGCGAUGUUGAGCUUAAAAGUAAUCAUUUGAAACAGGUCCUAUAUGCUAGAUGUAGAGUUAUUUCGCAACUUUAGGCUGUUGAUGAUUUGAGAAAGUCGCAAAAAAACAUUGCGCUCUGUUCCUUGCCUCAGGCUGCACACGCUGUUUUCUCAUUAAGUGAUCAUAUUUUCACACAUCAGACUAUUCUCAAUUGAAUCUUGUCUUUACUAAUAUGUAAAAUGAGUUUUGAUUUAGAAUGGCCCAUUAUCAAAUGGGCAGGAACAGGGGCAGGGGAAAAAAUAAAUGUAAUCUGUAUGCACUCGAAUCCCUAUCCUGCCGGUUCGUUUUUUUCCAUCAUGCCAGGUAGGCUACUCUGGUUAUUUCACUCCACCCAUCAACCACUGUUUGAGGAGCAUGCAUCCUUUCGCUACGUGACAGGUGAUAUUCUGCCCGAACUCUGUAUGCCAUGGGCUCUCCAACCCUGUUCCUGCAGCUACCCAGUGCUUAAUUUGGGAAACCAAGUGAAAUCUGUUCGGGAACAUCAAUAGUAACAUGUUUUCACAAUGAAACAUGGGCUAUUUCAUUAAACUGUUGACAUCCCCUCUCUCUGCAUGCUGGAGAAAGUAAUGAAGGAGAGAGGGGAGGAGAUGGAAACGCACAGUAGUGAGAUAUUCUGUAGCUAAAGGUAAUGUGUCUGCCUAUUAAUUAUGAAAAAAAAAAAAAAGCCCUAUAUUACUAGGGUAUUCAAAAUAAAAUACAAAUUCACUGUAAUUGUAGGCUAACUCUGAAUUUGUUUAAUUUAGGCUAGAACAAUUAUGUACCAAAGAUCUCUUAAAUCAGUCUUUUUGUAUGUUUUUCUGCCAUGUGUAAUAUGAUGUUGAGAUAUUCUGUAGCUAAAGGUCAUGUGUCAGCCUAUUAAUUAUGAAAAUAUAAAAAAUGCCCUAUUACUAGGCUAUUCAAAUACAAAUUAACUAUAAUUGUAGGCUAACUCUGUAAGCCGCCCUGCACAAUCAAUGAACCAACAGCAUCGCCUAGGUCAUAAAAAAAUAUGCAGUACGUAAUAUGCGGUAGGCUAUGUAUUGGUAGGCUUUUUUUCGUGCUUGGGCUCAUAUAUAGGCCUAUGCAUAAGCUCUAAUUUGUAUAUGGAUGUUUUGAAUUAAUCAUCACCUUAGAAAGUGCUGUCCAUUUUGUUGUGUUAGGCUUUGAAACAACAAACAGGUUUUCCACUCAGUUUCAACCUGUUGUUGAACUUCUUUGUUCAAAUUGAUCAAUCACAGUGAGGUGAGUUUUAAAAGCAUGACACUGUUUUGAUGAUGAGUGUUUGAUGUGAUGUCAGAGUGGUUAGAGGGACAAUAGAGCCCUGAGUACCAGACCAUUAGAGACCCGAUUGAGGUUAGCGAGUUGGGUACUACCAACGCAUGUCCAGAGUGUAUAAGAGGAGAUUACUGUGACUCAACGGUCACAUGGAUUUAUACUGCGGUCUUGACUCAUGACUGCUGGUGUGGCGGUAAUACGGUCACCGCAACAGCCCUAACCCCAGGACACUUCAACGGGUGACUAUCCAGGAAAAUCAAGAAAAAGGAGCACUCUGUUUCUGCAUUGAUAUGAGUAUUUAUUGGGGCAUACAACAAGCUUAGGUUUCGGCAUAAAUUGCCUUAAUCAAGCCUGAUUUUGAUGUUUUUUUGAGCACCUGAUUUCCUUUUUUGUUCAAGCUGGCUUGAAUUGGUUUGUGUACGCUUUCUUCCCAUUGUCUUACAGUGCUGUUAGGCUGCUGUAAUAAAGAAAACAGGUUCUGGAGGCUCAGUUGGUCGGAGUAGGAGUUGGAACUUGGUGCUUCCUGAACACCAGAGUUGUCGGUUAAACUGCAUGAGUUGCAACAGUGAAUAUUCAUCUCCUUGGACAGUGGCUACUCCCUAAAUGUCUGAGGGGUUAAAUGUAUGUUUUCUAGGUUAAAGCCAGUCUCUAUGUCUCUUAGGGGAGUGUUUUAAAGGAAGCCAGCUUGUUAUUAUUUUGUAUGUCUUGACGCACAUUACUCCAGAGCUCAAAGGCAGAGUUUAUCAUCAGUGAUAGCACCUCAGAACAGUUAAGAAGGCUCCAUUCACUGCUCACAGCUGGACUCAUGAUCAUAAACUCUGAGUGAGUUAAACUGUGUAUAUUUAAAAUGGGAGUCAUAUCUGCCAUUGGUUUUGUAGGGAGAUACUAUUUGUGGUUCACUAUAUUAGUAUAGAAGUUGAUAUAAUACCUGGAGUUGUUUAGGAACUUUUAUUUAGACCAUUUUAGUGCUGAGCCGAGAACAUACAGAAUAAUCCAGUCACUGAGAUCUAAAUGAGCAGAAACAAUUUCUCUCAAACAUCCAUGCACAUACACACUCCCUGUCAUGCAGACACAGACAAUCACACACCUACAGACACACACACACACUUACACUAGACUAGCGGAUGCACUGUUGGUGCUGUAGUCCACACACACACACACACACACACACACACACACACACACACACACACACACACACACACACACACACACACACACACACACACACACACACGCACACACACACUAGUUGCAGAUCUUAAUGGAUUUAACACAUCCCUCUCUCUCCCAUGGUCUACCCAGGACAGCCUGCACCUGCUGGGGUCCAGUGGGGUGCUGGGGGUCCCUCUUUAUACUGCCUGGCUGGAGCUGACACACAAGGAGGUACAGUAGCAUGGCCUCUAGUGUCUUAGCUCUAGUACUGGUGUUAGUUCUAGUACUGCAAGUACUGGUGGUAGUACUAGUCUUGGGGUUAGUCUGGCUCUAGUCUCAUCUCUGGUCUGGCUCUAGUCGUGGUCUAGUCUUGCGGUGGUUCUGUGGUUAGGUUGGUUCUAGUCCACGGUGUGUUAUCCAACAUGUUGUCGAGUGUUUCACAAGUUUGCAUGUCUUUACAGACUCCAUUCUUUAACAGAGUUACUUCGCUUCUUGCCGUAGGUUUCCAUUUGAUUCUCAUUCAUUUCACUGUAGCUACAUUUUCCUUCACUGAAAACACAAUGCUCACCCAUUAAACCUGUGUGUUUGUGUUCGUCGACAUCUCUGCCUAUGUAUGCUGCAGCCUCUCAAACACCUACAGGGAAUCUUGCAGGAGCGCUGAGCACUAUGAGCUACAAGCACCUACUGUAGCGCUCAGCAGAGGACGGGUUCAAAUGGAGGGGUUUAUUGUGAAGUGAGGAGUCAGAUUUCAGCCAAUCACCAGUCAGAAUGGCCCUGACACACAGAGAGGGAUCUCGUUCCCCGCUGACAUAUUUUCUCUAAUAGGGCUGGUCAUGUGACCAAGGGAGCGAACAGGAGCAGGAGCAGUAGGAUUAAAGAGAUUCUCCGGUACUUUUGUGUACUUUUUAGCCAGUAGUUCUGAAAGUAGCUCUCACAAGCCAAAUGUGGUCCCCGAAAAUUGCGUACUACGUCACAUAUGUGCAGAUACUGUCUGUACACCUCGUCAUUGCUCUCUCGCUCUGCUAUGUGUGCAUCUUGCUAGCUGUCACUCAAAUGUAGAGGGGCUGAAGCUUAUUGGCUAGAACUCUAAUUGCUAGAGGUCUGGCCCAUGUGGGGGAAAAUGUAGGGAAAAUGGCGCAGCACAGCUUUCAGAUAAACAGUCGCUCUCAAACUAGGUAUUUCGUGGCUAAUUGAGAUAAGACAGUAAUUCUGCUCAUUGAUUAUCCAUGUAUGAACUACACAUUGACACAUCCAGUCCAAAGCGGUUGGUUUAAAAAAAUACUUAAAGUUCAAAGUUUAAGUUCAAAGCCAAAGUUGCAGAUCAUGUCUUUAAUAUCGGCAGGAAUUCUAUCUUGUAUCUGUUGGCAGACCUGCUCUUGUAGCCAGGCAAUACAGCACUAUGAGCCUAGGGCGAUGUGUGUGUGUGUGUGUGUGUGCGUGUGUGCGUGUGUGCGUGUGUGUGUGUGUGUGUGUGUCAGCCCAGCCUGUUGACAGCUGUCUGCCAUGAAUGAAGUUUCUCUGUCUCCUUGUCCCUGUCUGUACCUGUACUCUCUUAACUGAGUGAAUAUUGACGUUGGCAGGAUUAGGAGCUGGGUGCUUUCUGUCAGUGUGGAUGAGACUCUCUCUGUAAUGGUUAAUGUCCUCAAUUUGAUUACCUCUCAGUGAUAAUAAGGAUACUUUGGGAUAAUUGACUUGUUAAUAGGAGUGAUUCAUUGGGAUUUAUUUAUAAAGAUGGCUACAAUAAAGGGAUUGUGUGAAGGAUUAAAAUGUAGACCUUCCCAACCUCUCCAGCUGUAUUGGUUCCAGCGCUGUGUAUGCAUAAGACCAGGGCAUGAGGACCUAGCCGUAGUGUGUGUGUCUACUUGUGAGUUACAGUAGUAGAAAACCCCAGAUGUUUAGACAGUGUGUCAUAAAUCUGCCAGACUCCACCUGCAUUCAUGGCUGCCUCUUCCUCCCUCCCCCAAUCCCUCUCUCCAUCCCUCUCUCCCUCCCUCUAUCCCUCUUUUACUGUCCCUCUCUCCCGGUCUCUCUUUCUCGAUCUCUCCCUCUGUCUGUCUCUUUGUCUAUCACACACUCCCUUGUUCUCUCUAUACCUCCCUCCCUCUGUGUUCUAAUCUAGGGGUAUUUUGUAUGUUUGCCCACUGACAAAGAAAUGAUCAGUCUAUAAUUUUAAUGGUAGGUUUAUUUGAACAGUGAGAGACAGAAUAACAACAAAAAAGUAGUAUUUGACCCCCUCUCAAUCAGAAAGAUUUCUGGCUCCCAGGUGUCUUUUAUACAGGUAACGAGCUGAGAUUAGGAGCACACUCUUAAAGGGAGUGCCCCUAAUCUCAGUUUCUUACCUGUAUAAAAGACACCUGGGAGCCAGAAAUCUUUCUGCAAUCAAUCAAUCAAUCAGAUUACAAACUCUCCACCAUGGCCAAGACCAAAGAGCUCUCCAAGGAUGUCAGGGACAAGAUUGUAGACCUACACAAGGCUGGAAUGGGCUACAAGACCAUCGCCAAGCAGCUUGGUGAGAAGGUGACAACAGUUGGUGCGAUUAUUCGCUAAUGGAAGAAACACAAAAGAACUGUCAAUCUCCCUCGGCCUGGGGCUUCAUGCAAGAUCUCACCUCGUGGAGUUGCAAUGAUCAUGAGAAUGGUGAGGAAUCAGCCCAGAACUACACGGGAGGAUCUUGUCGAUGAUCUCAAGGCAGCUGGGACCAUAGUCACCAAGAAAACAAUUGGUAACACACUACGCCGUGAAGGACUGAAAUCCUGCAGCGCCCGCAAGGUCCCCCUGCUCAAGAAAGCACAUAUACAGGGCCAUCUGAAGUUUGCCAAUGAACAUCUGAAUGAUUCAGAGGAGAACUGGGUGAAAGUGUUGUGGUCAGAUGAGACCAAAAUCGAGCUGUUUGGCAUCAACUCAACUCGCCGUGUUUGGAGGAGGAGGAAUGCUGCCUAUGAACCCAAAACACCAUCCCCACCGUCAAACAUGGAGGUGGAAACAUUAUGCUUUGGGGGUGUUUUUCUGCUAAGGGGACAGGACAACUUCACUGCAUCAAAGGGACGAUGGACCUUAAUCCCAUAGAAAAUCUGUGGAGCUGAAGAUUCGAGUUGCCAAACGUCAGCCUCGAAACCUUAAUGACUUGGAGAAGAUCUGCAAAGAGGAGUAGAACAAAAUCCCUCCUGAGGUGUGUGCAAACCUGGUGGCCAACUACAAGAAACGUCUGACCUCUGAUUGCCAACAAGGGUUUUGCCACCCAAGUACUAAGUCAUGUUUUGCAGAGGGGUCAAAUACUUAAUUCCCUCAAUAAAAUGCAAAUCAAUUUAUAACAUUUUUGACAUGCGUUUUUCUGGAUUGUUUUGUUGUUAUUCUGUCUCUCACUGUUCAAAUAAACCUACCAUUAAAAUUAUAGACUGAUCAUAUCUUUGUCAGCGGGCAAACAUACAAAAUCAGCAGGGGAUCAAAUACUUUUUUUCCCUCACUGUACUUCAGGGGGUCCGCGAAAAUACUGUAUAUAUACAAAAAAAGUGGGGGCAAAAUAUGUUUUUAUGAGUAUCGCUAGCAACAACAGAAUAAAUGAAUGUUUAAUUACAUACCUACAGUAGAAAAGAGGAUAAUAUCUUAUUUCUAAUGUCAACUUUAUUUCUCAACUCCUAAUAUUGAGCAAAUUACACUCAUUGGAGCUAAUUACACUCUCUGGAGUAUCUGACAAAGGCUUUGAUAAAGCACCUGUGAGUACAAGUUUCGCUGGCUGAUGGUAAGCUUUCUUGACUUAAUUAAUUUUUGCAAAAACAUGACUAACCUCUGUUUAACCAGCUAAACCGACACUAUUAGCAAAAAUGUGUUUGGAGCUACCUUUCUGUCUAAUAGGCUAAAUAAAUAGAAAAAUAAGGUCAAAAUAAUAAAAAACGAUCUACCAAAUCUAUUGAUUUUAAAAUGUUGAUUACUUCUCCUUACCAUUCACCUGAUGAUAAGACAAGGCGUGAAAAUAUUUUUGUUUGAUAACAUAUGAUUGGGGUCCCUUGGUCGCCGGUUUGCCUGAGUGGCGGUCCCUGGGCAAGAAAUAGUUGAAAACCCCUGUUGUAUAACCUGUGUCCUAUUCCAGACCAAUUGCUGUUUGCCACUGAGGGAGCCAGAGAUUCCACACAGCUCAUGUAGCAUGACUCAAUGUUAGAGAGAGAGGAGGGAGAGCGUGGUCAGGAGAAAGAGAACUAGGGAGGGAGGGUGAGGGUGAUACGAAGGGAUUUAUUAUUAGUGCUGUAAACAACUGGCACCUGUCUCUGUCUUUUGCUCCCCCUCUCUCUCUCUAUCUCUCUCUCUCUCUCUCUCUCUCUCUCUCUCUCUCUCUCUCUCUCUCUCUCUCUCGCUCUCUCUCCCUUUCCUCCCUUACUUGCUCUGUCCAUUUCUCUUACACAUAAGCCGUGUUAAUGUGUAACAGCAUUCACUGCCAGACAUUCUUAUGGGUGUUUGAUGCUUUCAGUACUCCUAGGCUUGUAUAAAACAUGUAUUACAGUAACCUUUCACACCUACAGUGGGGAGUUUGUAGGAAGAUAGGAAUCUCACAGAUAUUCCAACUAGCUCCAGAUUUCGAUAACGGCUCACGGGAUUCAUAUGAUAGAGAGAGACUCCAUAUUUGAAGGUUUCCUAUUCCUCAGUAUGUCAUUUGUUCGGCUCAAGGUAUUCAGAGGACAAUACUGCUGUCCAUCUGCCAUCGCCCUGAGAAAGAGCAGAACACUUAUAUAUGUGUGUUUUCUAGAGAAGGCAUCAGGGUAACAUAUAGGGUUGAACGUCCGCCUCAUGUCCUGUGGGAGAGAGCGCAACAUUGUCAUCCACUGUAUAUCAUCAGGCUGUGUGUGUGUGUAAAAAUUGCCUGAAUUGACGCGAUAACGAUCAAUAGAAAGAUACGUUUAUAACGUUGUGCACCACAGUUUAUUUUAGUAUCCUUUAAAUUACAACUACUAGUUUUCCCAUUAAUAAUCACCCAUAUUGGCAAACUUAUUUAACUUAAAACUUCACAUUUUUCUAGCAUAGGCUACUUAUCGUAAUGAACAAUAUCAGCAAAAUGCCUGCGAUAAGUGAUCGGCAUGGUCGGUGUCGAUAAUUUUAGGUUUAUCGUCCCAGCUGUAGUGUGUGUGUUUGGGGGGGGGGGGGUGUAUGAAUUAUUGACAGCUCUAGGUUUACAGUGCCAGAGGGCAGGUGAGGUAAUGGUCUGAGAACACAUGGGGACGUCACAGCUACACCGACACCCUACCCCGCACACGACAGGCACAGAUACACACCAGACCAAACACACACAUUCAUACACACACAAGGCAUGCACACACACACACACAUUUGCCUUUCCCCUCCCUUCGUAGGAGCACACAAAGCAAAGGAUGGCAGGAGAUCUAGCUUUUUUUUUUUUUCUGGAAGUUGGUAUGAGAGAGAGAGUCAGACAAAGGGAGAGAAAGAGAGGGCGAGAGAGAGGCGAUUGCAUUUCCUCAGUGAAACCCAAGUAAAAUCAGAUCCUUUGCUCCCAACUUCCUUUAUUAUGAAAAUACCCCCGCUCACCCUUUCCUCGCCUCCGCUAGCAACGUCCUGCAGUGUGGGCCUGACACACACACCCACUUACUUACUUGAGGUAGUCCAUCGUAUCCGAUGAUGACUUCCACUACUGCUUGUGGGUUUGCUGAUGACUGUAUAAUCAGAUGUGGGAUGCACACUGUCUGCCACAGACAGAGCACACAAAGGCCUGUCCUGUUGAUGCUGGUGCAGGCAUAUGUCUUCUCUGUCGAUCCUCUGGCAUCCGGAUGGCAUGGCCGAGCCAUCUAAGCUUGUGGUGUGUGAUGGACGCCUCAAUGCUCCUGUAGUUGGUUCUCUGUAGGAUCUCUGAGUGUGGAACACGGUCCUGCCAGGUCACUUUCAAAAUGCAUUGGAGGCAUUUUAUGUGAAAGGACUCCAGUUGUUUUAAGUGUCGGCUGUAGACUGUCAAUGUUUCACAUCCAUAAAGGAGUGUAGAUACACACACUGCCUGGUAGACUGCAACUUUGGUGUGUAGGUUGUUAAAAACCCUUUUCCUUAGCCGUACAUAGGAGGAUGAGGCCUGUUUGACAAUAUUCUGGAUAUCCUGGUCCAGUCUUCUGAGAGGAUGCUUCCAGGAUAUUUAAAGUGUAUACAAUGGCAAGUGAAGAGUCUGAGAUGGAGAAUGCGGGUGUUUCAGGUAGAGGAUCAGAUGACCACUGACAUAGGACCUCUGUUUUUGGGAUGUUAACAGACAGCCCCAUUCUGCUGUAUGCUCUCACAGCUGCUGUGAGGGUGGCUUGUAAAGCUUCUGGGGUAUGUGCCACAAGAACGCGAUCAUCGGCGUACUGGAGCUCAAGUACGUGUUCAGAUUUUAGCUUUGUGGCAGCUUGGAGCCUCCUAAUGUUGAAGAGGUUCCUGUCCAAUCUGAAGUCCAGGGUUUCCCCAUUCCCCAUUGUCUUUGUGCGGGAGUGUUGUGACACACCGGAGGAAGACUGAUGCACACACACACACUCUCGACAACACACACACACCCCCGAGUCUUGGCUAACAGUUGCACACACACCUCCCACUCCACGGCCCUAACACUGCCUUGUGAGUCAAGAUAUACUCCUGGAAAGAUUCCAGUCAUGACAUUAGCAGUAUUACAAGUCCUCAUAAAAUGGCUGGAUUUUCUUUUCAGAGUUGUUUUUCCUCUUUUGUUUGUAAUCUGAUGCAUCCAUCACUGACCUUAGCCUCCCUCCCGGCUAGUAAAGGUGUCAUGUGGUAGACCAGGGUAAUAGGUCUAAGGAUGAAAAUAUUAUGUUAGUUAGUCAGUGUUCAGGCCUAGGGCUGUUUUGGGGUAGUUACUGCAGUGUUUCCUGUGUUGUCAGCUCUCUAAGGCUCUAUAGGUGUCAGAGGGGGGGUAGAAGGAUUACUUUAUCCUAUCCCAGGUAUUCCUUAAAGAGGUGGGGUUUCAAAUGUCUCCGGAAGGUGGUGAGUGACUCUGCUGUCCUGGCGUCGUGAGGGAGCUUGUUCCACCAUUUGGGUGCCAGAGCAGCGAACAGUUUUGACUGGGCUGAGUGGGAACUGUGCUUCCGCAGAGGUAGGGGGGCCAGCAGGCCAGAGGUGGAUGAACGCAAUGCCCUCGUUUGGGUGUAGGGACUAAUCAGAGCAUGAAGGUACGGAGGUGCCGUUCCCCUCACAGCUCCGUAGGCAAGCACCAUGGUCUUGUAGCAGAUGCGAGCUUCAACUGGAAGCCAGUGGAGUGUGCGGAGGAGUGGGGUGACGUGAGAGAACUUGGGAAGGUUGAACACCAGAUGGGCUGCGGCAUUCUGGAUGAGUUGUAGGGGUUUAAUGGCACAGGCAGGGAGCCCAGUCAACAGCAAGUUGCAGUAAUCCAGACGGGAGAUGACAAGUGCCUGGAUUAGGACCUGUGCCGCUUCCUGUGUAAGGCAGGGUCGUACUCUCCGAAUGUUGUAGAGCAUGAACCUACAGGAUCGGGUCACCGCCUUGAUGUUAGCGGAGAACGACAGGGUGUUGUCCAAGGUCACGCCAAGGCUCUUCGCACUCUGGGAGGAGGACACAACAGAGUUGUCAACCGUGAUGGCGAGAUCAUGGAACGGGCAGUCCUUCCCCGGGAGGAAGAGCAGCUCCGUCUUGCCGAGGUUCAGCUUGAGGUGGUGAUCCGUCAUCCACACUGAUAUGUCUGCCAGACAUGCAGAGAUGCGAUUCGCCACCUGGUUAUCAGAAGGGGGAAAGGAGAAGAUUAGUUGUGUGUCGUCUGCGUAGCAAUGAUAGGAGAGGCCAUGUGAGGAUAUGACAGAGCCAAGUGACUUGAAGUAUAGUGAGAAUAGGAGAGGGCCUAGAACUGAGCCCUGGGGGACACCAGUGGUGAGAGCACGUGGUGCGGAGACAGAUUCUCGCCACGCCACUGGUAGGACGCAAUCCAAGAGUGAGCCGCGCCGGAGAUCCCCAGCUCGGAGAGGGUGGAGAGGAGGAUCUGAUGUUUCACAGUAUCAAAGGCAGCAGAAAGGUCUAGAAGGACAAGAGCAGAGGAGAGAGAGUUAGUUUUAGCAGUGCGGAGAGCCUCCGUGACACAGAGAAGAGCAGUCUCAGUUGAAUGACCAGUCUUGAAACCUGACUGGUUUGGAUCAAGAAGGUCAUUCUGAGAGAGAUAGCAAGAGAGUUGGCUAAAGACGGCACGCUCAAGAGUUUUGGAGAGAAAAGAAAGAAGGGAUACUGAUCUGUAGUUGUUGACAUCAGAGGGAUCGAGUGUUGGUUUUUUGUGAAGGGGUGCAACUCUCGCUCUCUUGAAGAUGGAAGGGACAUAGCCAGCGGUCAAGGAUGAUUUGAUGAGCGAGGUGAGGUAAGUGAGAAGGUCACCGGAGAUUAUCUGGAGAAGAGAGGGGAGAAAGAAGUCAAAGCAUAUGGUAGGGCAGUGUGAGCAGGACCAGCAGUGUCAUUUGACUUAACAAACGAGGAUCGGAUGUCGUUAACCUUCUUUUCAAAAUGGUUGACGAAGUCAUCCACAGAGAGGGAGGGGGGGGGGGGGAGCUUCCUAGGGUUAGAGGCAGAUGCUUGGAAUUUAGAGUGGUAGAAAGUGGCUUUAGCAGUAGAAACAGAUGAAGAAAAUGUAGAGAGGAGGGAGUGAAAAGAUGCCAGGUCCGCAGGGAGUCUAGUUUUCCUCCAUUUCCGCUCAGCUGCCCGGAGCCCUGUUCUGUGAGCUCACAAUGAGUCAUCAAGCCACGGAGGACCGAGGGCUUGGACCGAGGGGAGGACCGAGGACCGAGCCGGCCGGGAGGAUAGGGGACAUAGAGAGUCAAAGGAUGCAGAAAGGGAGGAGAGGAGGGUUGAGGAGGCAGAAUAAGGAGAUUGGAGGGAGAAGGUUUGAGCAGAGAGAAGAGAUGAUAGGAUGGAAGAGGAGAGAGUAGCGGGAGAGAGAGAGCGAAGGUUGCGACGGCGCAUUACCAUCUGAGUAGGGGCAGAGUGAGUAGUGUUGGAGGAGAGCGAGAGAGAAAAGGAUACGAAGUAGUGGUCGGAGACAUGGAGGGGAGUUGCAGUGAGAUUAGUAGAAGACCAGCAUCUAGUAAAGAUGAGGUCAAGCGUAUUGCCUGCCUUGUGAGUAGGGGGGGACGGUGAGAGGGUGAGGUCAAAAGAGGAGAGGAGUGGAAAGAAGGAGGCAGAGAGAAAUGAGUCAAAGGUAGACGUAGGGAGGUUGAAGUCACCCGGAACUGUGAGGGGUGAGCCAUCCUCAGGAAAUGAACUUAUCAAGGCGUCAAGCUCAUUGAUGAACUCUCCAAGGGAACCUGGAGGGCGAUAAAUGACAAGGAUGUUAAGCUUGAAUGGGCUAGUGACUGUGACAGCAUGGAAUUCAAAUGAGGAGAUAGACAGAUGGGUCAGGGGAAAAAGAGAGAAUGUCCACUUGGGAGAGAUGAGGAUUCCUGUGCCACCACCCCGCUGACCAGAUGCUCUCGGGGUAUGCGAGAACACAUGGUCAGACGAGGAGAGAGCAGUAGGAGUAGCAGUGUUUUCAGUGGUAAUCCAUGUUUCCGUCCGCGCCAAGAAGUCGAGGGACUGGAAGGUAGCAUAGGCUGAGAUUAACUCUGCCUUGUUGGCAGCAGAACGGCAGUUCCAGAGGCUGCCUGAGACCUGGAACUCCACGUUGGUGGUGCGUGCAGGGACCACCAGGUUAGAGAGGCAGCAGCCACGCGGUGUGAGGCAUUUGUAUAGCCUGUGCGGAGAGGAGAGAACAGGGAUAGACAGAGGCAUAGUUGACAGGCUACAGAAAAUGGCUACAAUAAUGCAAAGGAGAUCGGAAUGAAAUGAACUAAACAUCUGGGAAAGGAGAGAGCGGGGCCUCCCUCACUUACGUUUCACUGAAACACCCAAAUAUAACUCUCCCAACUUCCACCUCAGAAACUAUAAUUGUUGUAAACUACAGCGGUUCAAUGUUUUCUAGGAAUAGACUAACUUAGUUUAUUCAGCUGGCUAACUUGGUACAGUAUUCUUCCGUGAAAAUCGUCCAGGGCACCUAGUCAUAUGACGCCACAGCCAACUAGCAUGCCGGACGCCAACAACACGGUUUAGCACCAAUACUCGGCCACAACAAACCACCAGUGUGUCAACACGCCAAGCAGAUCAUUCGUGUCCGUGUCUAACGUUGUGGGUUAGUCCCGACAGCUUGAGCGAGUCCGUCGUCAACUUAUUCAGCCAGUUAGUUAGCUAGAAUAGUUAGCAUACUAGCUAGCCAUUGCGUUCAGACAAAGAAGAAACCCCUCCUCCCACGGCACGAACACACAGAGAGAGCCAAGCUAACGUUAACUAGUCACCCAUGUCCCGAAUUCCCUUGAACGACUCUGGCUACCAAUAUGUAAAAACAAAACACAAAUGUAGGUUAUAACUUACCCCUAGCAGCUACUGUUAGCUAGCCAAGUGCAAAGCUAGCCACUGAAUUGACUCAGCCAGUUCGCGUCUGUUCGCUAGGUCGUUCCAGCCAUUGUUUAGUAGCUAUCCAGGUAGCAACAAGCUAGCUAAAUUUCAAGCACAGUAGCCACUUACUACCUAACGUUAACGCUUCAGACAAUGAGGUUAGAAAAACAGCUGUAUGGUAGGCAAUAUUGUAUGUAAUUAUUGUAGGCAGCUAGCUGGCGUAAUUACAGGUACUCUCAGGCGUGAAACAACUAUCCACAGUUGCAAAUAGUUACCAGUAGCUACCCGCUAGCUAGUCCAGGUAGUGGGUUAGCUAGCUUCGUGCUGCACCGGGCUCAGCCGAAUACAAUACUAACCUACAAUAAUUACAUACAACAACCCACGAUAACUACCUACAAUACCUAACUACAAUCUAAAUACAUAGUUUAAGCUUUACUCGACAAAGCCCAAACUAUGUAUAUAAGCCAUAUAAGCCAAGCUUACCUCAAGCCAGAGAGAGACACAACCUCACCCGACGACUAUGACUGACAUGUGAUUGUCCCACCUAGCUAUCUUAAGGUCAAUGCACUAACUGUAAGUCGCUCUGGAUAAGAUUGUCUGCUAAUUGACUAAAAUGUUUUAAAAAAAUCUAAAGGCCAUAAUAUGGAGUGUUUGCCUGUACUGACUUGUGUUAGAGCUGAAAACAAGUACACAGAGCGAGAGAGUUAGUUAGUUUACACACUCAAAGAGGCGGUGAGAAGAGAGAGAGUGUGUGUGUGUACGCAUGUGUAUGUGCGUUUGUGCGUACGUCUGUCUGUCUGUGUGUGUUACUUGUUGCUUGUGUUCUCUGACCUUCUCUUUGUAUGGAUCAAGUGUGUUGCUAUGGCACCAGCUAGGCUAUCAUCCCCAGAGACGAGCUAGGAGGUGAAUGGCAGAAUUGUCAACAUCCCAGAGAGAGAGAAAGAAAGAGGGGGAGAAAGAGAGAGGGAAAGGGGGUAAACUGGAGACUCCCAGGGGCCCUGUCUGUGAGCCAAGUCCACUUUUAGUCAGGGGAUCAGAAACUCUGUUGAAACUGAAACUGUAUAGGGCCUUGGCCUAUAUUCUCUGUUGAAAACUCUGGUGUAACUCGAUACAUUUCUCCCAUACAUACAGCUCUAACUGUCGGUAUGCUGAAUAACAGUCAGUGUCACUGAAAGCCCCAUUCCAUACAAAGGGCAACAUUAUUUUCUGCACAUCUAUCACUCCAGUGUUAAUACGAAAUCUUAAUUAUUUUGCACUAUGGCCUAUUUAUUGCCUUACCUCCAUAACUUACUACAUUUGCACACACUGUAUAUAGAUUUUCUAUUGUGUUAUUGACUGUACGUUUUGUUUAUUCCAUAUUUAACUCUGUGUUGUUGUUGUUUUUAUUGCACUGCUUUGCUUUAUCUUGGCCAGGUCGCAGUUGUAAAUGAGAACUUGUUCUCAACUGGCUUACCUGGUUAACUAAAGGUUAAAUUAAUCUUUUUAUUUUUAUUAUUCACACAGAACUUAGUCAAAUGUCUACUGAAUGUAUGUCUUGGAACUGUAUUGGGGAAGUGUGUGUGUGUAUAUAUAGUAUGUGUGUGUGUGUGUAUAUAUAUACAGUAUUUGUGUGUGUGUGUGUGUGUGUGUGUGCGUAUAUGUGGGAGACACUUGUGACCAGCCAAUAGCUGUUUACAUGGUCAUGUAUCCCCAGCUCAUACGUCAAUACGUCAGACACAUAUCGGACCCCUAUCCUGGACCUUCGAGUAUGGAGUGGGAUUUCAGUGUGUAUGCGUGUGAAGUGAGUUUCGAGCACAGCUGCUGCAGACCCUCCACCGUUCGGUGUGGGACCCCCAUAUACCACAUCUGGACCUGCAUCUGUUCCUGUCCUUCUUUCUGUCUCUCCUCUCUUGGUCUAUCUCUCUCUUUCUCUCUUUUUUCUCUAUCUCCUUUUCUCUCUCUCGGUCUCGCUCUCUUUCUCUCUCUCUCUUUUCCCACUCUCUCGCUAGAACAUACCAUGUAAUUACACACUCUAGUGGUAAAACACCUGCAUUACCAGCCCUGCAUGGCUGAGGACAUAGGGGAACACAAAGGUCACACUGACUACAUAUCCUCCACUCUGUGUGGUUUUACUAACUACUAGCUUCUGUUGAAGAAACUCUGGUGUGGUAAUACAGUAGCCUGCUGUCACCACCACUCAACUCAACAAAAAAAGUGGUUCAGAGGUGAAGAACCGUCAUAGGCAUUUAAAGGGGCAAUCUGCAUUUGAGAUUGGUUACAUUUCUCCAGCCCCAACCCUCAGCUAUUUACCAAAUCAGUGACGGGGUGGCAGCUUUGUUAUUGUUUGAACAGCAGAUUGCCCCUUUAAGGGUACUAGACAGGAAAGAGGGAUGUCUGUGGUUACCAUGGGACCCCAGGGGCACCCAGGUACAGGUAGGCACCUGCCAGGUCCCGGGGGAGAAUGGCACUGUGCCAGAGACGGAGGUGUGUUCUCAUUAUCAAUUGCAUACCUGCAUAAUGUAUAUCACCUGCUGCAAUACAUGUAUCACCUCUGAUUUCACCAUACAUUGACUGUAUAUUAUAAACCGGGUAGUUUGGGUCCUGGAUGCUGAUUGGCUGAAAGCUGUGGUAUAUCACUGGUAUGACAAAACAUUAAUUUUUACUGUUCUAAUUAUGUUGGUAACCAGUUUAUAAUAGCAAUAAGGCACCUUGGGGGUUUGUAGUACAGUAUAUGUCUAAUAUACCACGGCUAAUGGCUGUAUCCAGGCACUCCGCGUUGCGUCGAGCUUAAGAACAGCCCUUAGCUGUGGUAUAUUGGCCAUAUACCACACCUCCUCUGGUCUUAUUGCUUAAUUAUAUAAUGUCCUUGGUAGGGGUGUGGUGGCCAUGAAAUUUUGUCAGCCGGUGAUUGGUCAAGCAAAUAACUGCUGGUCUCACAGUAAUUGACCGUUAAUUAACAUAAACACAUUUAGCUACUCUUGGUUUCCAUGCAUAGCCUACAAGCCACUGAUGCAGACCUUUGCAACAUCUACAUUUUAACAAAUCUAAUAAAUCCAUUUAAUAUAGCCUACACCAUCACAAUAAAUCAAUUAUUUAUUUUAGACAGGUCUAAAAAAACAUGAUAUAAAGAAAAUGUAGUCUAUUUCAGAAGAACAGAAUAGCAUACUCUGAGUUGUCUUUAUGUUAGGCCCUGAUCAACGUGAUCAAGACAAAUUAGAUGAUUGUGGACUACAGGAAAAAGAAGAGGACCGAGCACGCCCCCAUUCUCAUCGACGGGGCUGUAGUGGAGCAGGUUGAGAGCUUCAAGUUCCUUGGUGUCCACAUCACCAACAAACUAACAUGGUCCAAGCACACCAAGAGAGUCGUGAAGAGGACACGACAAAACCUAUUUCCCCUAAGGAGACUGAAAAGAUUUGGCAUGGUCCUCAGAUCCUCAAAAGGUUCUACAGCUGCACCAUCGAGAGCAUCCUGACUGGUUGCAUCACUGCCAGGUAUGGCAACUGCUCGGCCUCCGACCGCAAGGCACUACAGAGGGUAGUGCGUAUGGCCCAGUACAUCACUGGGGCCAACCUUCCUGCCAUCCAGGACCUCUAUACCAGGCAGUGUCAGAGGAAGGCACUAAAAAUGGUCAAAGACUCCAGCCACCCUAGUCAUAGACUGUUCACUCUGCUACCGCACGGCAAGCGGUACCGUAGCGCCAAGUCUAGGUCCAAGAGGCUUCUAAACAGCUUCUACCCCCAAGCCAUAAGACUCCUGAACAUCUAAUCAAAUGGCUACCCAGACUAUUUGCAUUGCCCCCUCCACCCCUCUUUUACGCUGCUGCUACUCUCCGUUUAUUAUCUAUGCAUAGCCACUUUAAAAACUCUACCUACAUGUACAUAUUACCUCAAUUACCUCAACUAACCGGUGCCCCCGCACAUUGACUCGGUACCGGUACCCCAUGUAUAUAGCCUUGCUAUUGUUAUUUUACUGCUGCUCUUUAAUUAUUUGUUACUUUUAUUUCUUCUCUUUUUUUAGGUAUUCUUUCUUAAAACUGCAUUGUUGGUUAAGGGCUUGUAAUUAAGCAUUUCACGGUAAGGUCUACACUUACAUUUACAUUACAUUUUAGUCAUUUAGCAGACGCUCUUAUCCAGAGCGACUUACAGGAGCAAUUAGGGUUAAGUGCCCCACCCAAAAAAAUCUAUACAAUUAAAUAAAUGGAAAUAUCACAUUUACAUUGCAUUCAGACCCUUUACUCAGUACUUUGUUGAAGACCCUUUGGCAGUGAUUACAGCCUCGAGUCUUCUUGGGUAUGACGCUACAAGCUUGGCACACCUGUAUUUGGGGAGUUUCUCCCAUUCUUCUCUUCAGAUCCUCUCAAGCUCUGUUAGCUUGGAUGGGGAGCGUCGCUGCACAGCUAUUUUCAGGUCUCUCCAGAGAUGUUCAAUUGUUUCUCAUGGUCCGAGAGUCCUUUAGGUGCCAUUUGGCAAACUCCAAGUGGGCUGUCAUGUGCCUUUUACUGAGGAGUGGCUUCCAUCUGGCCACUCUACCAUAAAGGCCUGAUUGGUGGAGUGCUGCGGAGAUGGUUGUCCUUCUGGGAGGUUCUCCCAUCUCCACAGAGGAACUCUGGAGCUCUGUCAGAGUGACCAUCGGGUUCUAGGUCACCUCCCAGACCAAGGCUCUUCUCCCACGAUUGCUCAGUUUGGCCGGGCGGCCAGCUCUAGGAAGAGUCUUGGUGGUUCCAAACUUCUUCCAUUUAAAAAUGAUGGAGGCGACUGUGUUCUUGGGGACCUUCAAUGCUGCAGACAUUUUGACAGGUGUGUGCCUUUCCAAAUCAUGUCCAAUCAAUUGAACUUACCACAGGUGGACUCCAGUCAAGUUGUAGAAACAUCUCAAGGAUGAUCAAUGCAAACAGGAUGCACCUGAGCUCAAUUUCGAGUCUUAUAGCAAAGGGUCUGAAUACUUAUGUAAAUAAGGUAUAUUAAAAAAAAAUCAAAAUUUUCUAAAAACCUCUUUUCACUUUGUCAUUAGGGGUUAUUGUGUGUAGAUUUAUGAGGUAAACAAAUGAUUUAAUCAAUUUUAGAAUAAGGCUGUAAAGUAACAAAAUGUGGAAAAAGUCAAGGGGUCUGAAUACUUUCCGAAUGCACUGUAUAUAGACAAGUGUGUGCCUUUCCAAAUCAUGUCCAAUCAAUUGAAUUUACCAUAGGUGGACUCCAGUCAAGUUGUAGAAACAUCUCAAGGAUGAUCAAUGGAAACAGGAUGCACCUGAGCUCAAUUAUGUAUUUGUGUUUCUGUUCUAAAGGUAACUGUAAAGAGGAUAUUAUAUUGUACCUGCCCAAACACAGCCCUCCCUGUCCCCCUGGGCACAAACACACACACAUACACACACUUAACUCUUUUCGAAUCCUCUGCCGCUGAGUGUGUGUUGCUGCCAAUGCAUAAAGAGAGACCUGGUGUACCAAGCCAAGUAUAGUUUCAGUGAGUGAGAGUGUGUGUGUGCGUCUAUAUUGAUGUGCCGCUCUGCGUGCCAAUGGAGUGGCUUCACCCCUCAUCUCAUGAAUCAUACAGUGUCACUAGGCUGACAAGGAGAGUGUGAGAAGGUCUUCUGCUAAGCAGGAGAGUGAGUGAAGGUCUUCUGCUAAGCAGGAGAGUGAGUGAAGGUCUUCUGCUAAGCAGGAGAGUGAGUGAAGGUCUUCUGCUAAGCAGGAGAGUGUGAGAAGGUCUUCUGCUAAGCAGGAGAGUGUGAGAAGGUCUUCUGCUAAGCAGGAGAGUGAGAGAAGGUCUUCUGCUAAGCAGGAGAGUGUGAGAAGGUCUUCUGCUAAGCAGGAGAGUGUGAGAAGGUCUUCUGCUAAGCAGGAGAGUGUGAGAAGGUCUUCUGCUAAGCAGGAGAGUGAGUGAAGGUCUUCUGCUAAGCAGGAGAGUGUGAGAAGGUCUUCUGCUAAGCAGGAGAGUGUGAGAAGGUCUUCUGCUAAGCAGGAGAGUGAGUGAAGGUCUUCUGCUAAGCAGGAGAGUGUGAGAAGGUCUUCUGCUAAGCAGGAGAGUGAGUGCGUGUGACAGUGAGAGGCUGCAUCCCAAAUGGCGCACUAUUCCCUAUGUAGUACACUGCACUACUUUUGGCCAGAGCCAGAGUAGUGUGUUAAAUAGGGUGCCAUUAGGGACAUAACCAGAGUGUGAGAGUAUCUGCUUAGGAGGCCAGUACUGUAUACCAAUGAGAGCCAUUGAUCUGCUGGCCUGGCCUGUCAAUGGGGAGCUGGCCACAACAUCUACUACAACAUCCACUAGACUUCUAUGGUCAUUCAGCAGACACUUCACCUCCACAGCUAAGAGGGUUAUGUUCAUUAUGAGAACUGCCUGCCAUUCACACUUUCUCUCAUUCACUUACAUUCAUUAAUUUGGCACAGACCUUCCUUGAUGUUGAAACAUGGACGAAUGACAGGCAUGUAACUCUGACCUUGUGUUAUUUUUCCAGGCAACUGUUUCUUAUCGAAUAUCGAUCUUUUCUCAUGGUUAUGUGGCAAUGCAAGGAAGUAAUUAUUUUCUGUGUUUGGCAGUAAGUGUGUGCGUGCACGUGUGUGUGUGUAUAUAUAACGGUGUACUUGCUACUACUUUCCCUCUCGCUGCUCUCUGAUAAAGAGAAUAGAUAGAGAGCCAUGGUGCUUAGCUCUCUAUUCCAGCUCUUAUAGUAAAUCAAACGAAUAGAGAGUUCUAGUGGUGCCUUCAGAGCGUAGCCAGCCAGCUCCCAGUGCAGCUCUUAAAUCAGGCCUGGCCAGCCAGAGUUAUGACUCUCUACAGGUUGACCCAGUGUGUAUGCAGAGCAGGGCAUUGUGUGGUACUGAGCUCUACGUGGUACCAAGAGAAGUUGGCGCAACCUCAAGAAACCUGCUGAGCUCUCUAUCUCUACUUAAAAGUUCAAAGCUUUCGUGCUCUAUACUUCCUACCUCUCUCUAUCAUUUUCUCUCUCUCUCUCACUCUCUCUCCUCUCUCUCUCUCUCUCUCUCUCUCUCUCUCUCUCUCUCUCUCUCUCUCUCUCUCUGUCUAUCACUCUCUUUACUCUCACUCGUUUAUAAAUUUUUAUUAGGAUCCUCAUUAGCCAACGCCAAUGGCGACAGCUAGUCUUACUGUGGUCCAACACAUAAAGAAAAAGUCAUUACAGACAGAAGACUUUACAAUUUACAUUCAUUCUCUGUCUCUGUUCCCUUUCUCUCUCCCUCUCUCUCUAUCUCUCCCUCUAUGAGCCAGAGAAUAUCUAGUAGUUUCAAUUGAGGUUACACUGCAAAAAACAGUAACCUAAAAUUACUUAAGUCCUCAGAUCAGGCCUGUGUGGAUUACAUUUUAUUAAGCUUUUGUAUUUGAAAAAGCUGCUCUUCAUGAAUUUGUAGACAGUCAGACACAGUUGGUGGUGUGUUGUCUGAGAGCUAUCCCACGAUGGCCUGCUCCUGCUGCUGGACCACACCUGCCUGCCUUUCAACAGCCCAUCCUCCCCAUUGUCACGCUUCCACAGGAAAGGGAUCAAAUACCCUCACUGCUAGACACAUACCGUCCCUGUUAAACCCUGUUUGUGUGUGUGUGUGUGUGUGUUGUGGUGUGUGUUGUGUGUUGUGUGUGUGUGUGUGUGUGUGUUGUGUGUGUGUGUGUGUGUGUGUGUGAGAGAGAGAGAGGAGAGAGAGAGAGCGAGAGAGAGCGCGAGAGAGAAGAGCGCGCUGAGCGCUCGCUCUCUCGCUCUCUCGCUCGCGCUCUGCCUCUCAGCUCUCGCGCGCGCUCGUCUCCGUCCCGCUCGCUCUCGCUCGCGGCGGCCUCUCUCUGCCGCUCCCCCUUUCUUCUCCCGCUCGCGCUCCUGCUGCAAAAAUACGUAGGGAGAGAGUGUAACGAGGUCAGAAGCGCACUGUUGUUUAGAUAGGUCUUUAUGUGGAAAAUGUGAAAGUGUUUUGAAGGUGGAGAGGCGUGGAGAGCGGUGGAAAGGGGCUGGGCUAAAGGAGUGGUAGUGAUAGUGCUGAUAAAGGUUAUUGUGUCCUGGCAACUGUGCCACCCUGGGACUGCUCUGACCCAAAAUGGAGCUCGCUCUCUGUUUCUCUGUCUCGCUCACACUUUCUCUUGUUUUUCUCUUUCCACUUCUUUCAAUUUUUAACUAUAGUCUCCCUCUCUAUUUCUGUAUUUCUUUCCUCCAGCAGUCUGUCUGCCCUACCAUACAGUGUCCUAUUACUUUAAUCGUAUUUGUCAGUGAUAAACUUUGUGCAAUAAACAUAAUGUGCCAACAUUCUCUCCCUCUCUUCAAGCCUCUCAAAACCCUUCCUAUCUUCUGUAAACUCUGUCAUCUGCAUUGUGAUCUGUAGUUAGUUAUUGUAGGGGCAGGUUCUUUACUGUUAAUCUGAGUUGUGAUCUGUACUGCAGUUAUUGUACGGGUAGACUAAUUUACCUCUUUACUGUUCUCCAGGGAGAGAGAGAUAGGUAA